AGUACGAAAAGAGCCAACCCACUGAGCAAAGGAGUCUGUGCGGAGAGGAGAGGGAGGGGAGGAGGAGGAAGCGAAGGGGGAAUGGGAGCAGACGCUCCAACGUGGAAAAGCUUCCCAGCUCGCUUUCUGAUACAUUCCUGGCCAAGGCGAUGCUUCUUGCAAGAGCUGCGCUGACUUGUUGCAAGGAUCUGUCUUUGAGGGGGGGGAACGCACGCGCGCAGCCAAUCCAGGCUGGAUCCAUCGCUCGCUCUCCCCCACCCGCCUUCCCUUUCUUUGCUCGAGCGUGGAUCUAUUCGGUCGAUUGAGCUGCAUUCGGAUCCACUCUCUUUUUCCUUGAAGGGGAUCGGCCCGUUUGAUGGGGACUCUCGGCAGCCUGGCGUUUGGGGGGCGGCCUCGGAGGGAUUUUGGGGGGGACUGAAGGAGCGGGCGCGGGGGGUGCCGUGCGAUCAUGCAGCGGGCCAGCGUGAUGGGGAUGCCCUGCCCGGAACCCAGUGGAUCUUAUUCCCAGCAGUUCAAAGCCAUGAGGUUUUCGUACCACAUCGAGGCGGGAGCAGCUUCCUCUCCCCAGAUUCGAGCCGGUAAGGGAGAAGGGAUUGGGGGGCGGGGGGGGGCGCCUCGUUUUCUGUCUUUGGCUGGUCAAUGGGAGAGCCUUCGUUCUGCCGUCAACGCUGGAGCGGAGGUGGAUUUCUGCUUUCGGUUUGCACCUUGAGCAAGGGAAGUCGUGCGCAAUGGUUAGAUCAAAGAAGCGCUUGCGCCAGGAGCAUCUGGCUCCGCAUUCGGGGGAGUGGAGGCCAGUGGCUAGAGCAGUAUUCCGAAAUGGCAGUUUUCUCUCUAGGAAAUGAUGUGUGUGGUGUCUGGUGGGAAUCUGGGGAGUGGUGCGCGCCAACGUAGUAGAUCGGCAUAAAAGAGCUCUACCAAAUGUGGAUUAAUAUAUGUUUUUUUAAGUCCAUAGUUUGCAACAGUUUCGGGUCGCUGGAGGUGUUAAAAAUAAGAAUGGGCAACGGGCCUCUUUUCUUUCAUCUGCACUCUCCUCCGAAACGUGCCUGGAGGUCCUGGAGCACAGGAGGGAUUAGGCUGCCAACUCUGUAGCUCUCUGCCCCGAAGAGCUUACAGCGAUAGUGCAGCCGCCCUCUCUUCUCUAGAGCUGCCUCUGCCCCAUCGCUCCUUCUCUCCCACAGUUCUUGUAGUUGGCCCUGAUUUUGUUUCAACCCUGCCAUUUUGAUUUCUUUUCCUUUGCAAAUUCCCAAACCUGAUAAAAGACCAAGAAGGCAGCUUUUGAAACAAAGAGGUAUGCAGUUAAAUUGCAAUGGGGGAGGUUCAGAAAAGGGAAGGGGGGAGGGUUGCAAGAGCAUUAGUUUUGCAGCUUGCACUCUCAUUCUUCCCCAAGCAUCUCUCCAAUCUUUCUCAGAGUCUUCUUGCUUUGCAAGAUGUAAUAAGGUAAAGGACCCCUGACAGUUAAGCCCAGUCACAAACGACUCUGGGGUGUCCUCCUCAUCCUAGACCACACAAUUUUCUACCCCUUUCUUGGGAGUAGCUGUUCAGCUUGUUGAUUAUAACUCUUCUGCAAGACAGCUUGCCCCACUCUGAAUCUGGCAGAUAAAGGACUUGGCCUACUUGAACUGCACCAGUGGAACUCCUUGCCACAAGCUCACACAAAGGCUUAGAGAAAAUUUAACAGGAUUGAUACAGAAAAGAUCAGCUGUAUCUCAUGACAACUCAUACAUUCAUAGGUGGAAUUAAGUUUGGAGCCAGGAUUUGGUGUCAUUUUCUCUGGGUCUGAUUUGCAAAUUGCAUCCUGUCAAGAUGUAAGUGUGAAAUGUGCAAGGGGGUUGGGGGGGGGAGAGAUGUGUGUCUCUUUCCUCUUCUUUCUCUCCCCCACCCCCUUCCCACUGUGAAGAAUCUCACACAAGAGACUGAAGCAUUUGAGUCACCCUUACAAGUUUGGUAUUAUUAGAAACAUUCUGAGGCCUGAGAGAGGCGAUUGGGGAGGGGGGAUUAUUACAAAAAAUAGGAAGAAUUAUCCUUCCUUGAAAUGAGGUUGAAGAACUGGGUCUCUGUCCUCAGCAUCCACAUCAGCCUUUGGGUACUAGGCCUGGCUCUUCAGAAAUGCCAGUUAUUAUAUUGCCAAUUUCCUUAAUGGCUUUGGGCAUCACUCUUUAAUAGGAAGGUGGGGCUUCCCAGUAGCUAGAGCAGGUUGCCCUGGGGGCUGGAUAAUGGUCUCCUGGCCUUUGCUGUAAUGGGGGUGGGUGGGGGAAUGAAAUGUAACAGUGGAUUCUUUUCUGUGACCCCAGACGCAGGGCAAGCCCUUCCCUUCCCCACCCCUUUCCUUUGUUGAUUCAGAUUUGGGUAAGCUUUCUGUUGUUUUCCCUUUUUUUUUUGCUUUGUGCCUGAGGCCAGAGUGGGACUCCAGCAGCCUUGGGUGCUGCCACAGUGUAGCGAAACUAUACAGACACAAGCCUUUCAUGUGUACAACCCAUUCAGUUUUUUGAAGCACCGUUUCCUCUCCCCUCCCCAACCAAUUAUUUUGCUUUGUUAGCUAAUCCAGCGGCAGGAGUUUACUUGUGUGCAUUUAUCAUUGUUGUUGCAAUGGCACCUGUACAUCAUAUUCUCCUCCCUGCAAUGUUUCCCCUUUAAAAUGUGAUUUAUCUGCUAUUCUAUACUGCCCUCUCUGUCCUGGGGAGAGAACCCAGGAAUCCUAGCUCCCAGCCUUCCCUUCUCUAAUACCCUGGACUCACCCACUUCUCCCUUGAGCAAAAAGUGGGAAGGAAGCAAUAAGGCAAAACUGAAAAGAUGGUCUUUCUGGCUUGCCUUCAUGAUCCAGGCCUGGAUUGUUGAGUGGCAGUGCCAUGAAGAGGUAUAACAGGGGUGUGAAUAAAGGGAGUGAAGGUUUGUGCUGGGGAGGUGUGAGCCACUUCUGGUUUGCUUUGUUUUUCUUUUCUUAUGCCUGGCUGUCUAGCACUGUAUUUUACACUCCUCCAGCACGCAGGAAGGCUAAAGAAACUCAGACGGGUCUGAACACUUCAGCUGGAAACCCAGCUAUUCUUAAAGACAGUGCCUACGUGUGUGUGUGUGUGUGAGAGAGAGAGAGAGAGAGAGAGAGAGAGAGAGUUGUGCUUCCAUCUUGCAAUCCAGAUUUUCAUCCACAAAGGAAGCCUUGGUUUGUUGCUUCCAAUAGGAGUUGGCUGACUUGCGCGGCUUGAAAACAAAAUGCUGUGCUUGAAAAGAAGCCUCUUGGAAAUCCUGGCUUCUUUUAGGCAAAAGCAGAACCUAGUGCAGUGGUACCUCAGGUACCUCAAGAACUUAAUUCGUUCCGGAGGUCCGUUCUUAACCUAAAACUGUUCUUAACCUGAAGCACCACUUUAGCUAAUGGGGCCUCCUGCUGCUGCCGUGCCGCCGGAGCCCAAUUUCUGUUCUCAUCCUGAAGCAAAGUUCUUAACCCGAGGUACUAUUUCUGGGUUAGCGGAGUCUGUAACCUGAAGCGUAUGUAACCUGAGGUACCACUGUAGUUGUGCAUACAGUCUCUCUCUCCCUCCUUUGGGCUCCCUUCCCCAGCUCUCUUCAGCCCGAGAGGUCGGAGCAGAAGGAUACAGGAGCUGACUCGGGGUUUUGAGAAGGGACAGGAAUCCUGUGGUUGGAGGAGGAGGAGGAGGGCUGGGCGACUGGAGCCUGGAAGUGAAGUGGCAGGAUUUAGGACUGGGGGAUCAGAUGUGUUAAAACAUAAUGUUUAGGUGCUCUUUACCCCAGUGUGCUGUGGUUGCAGGAGAAACUUGAGCUCGCUUGCACCAGGUGCUGCCCAUCCUUGUCUCCUGCCUGCUUAUUCCGCCCCUAGGAACGGUUCUGCUCUCCCUCCCCCAUCUUCCUUCAUUACAAAGCCUCGAGGAACGCUGCUGGGUUGACAUAAAAGCAAAGCCACAUCCUGGCUCCAGGGAAAGCCGCAGGGGGACUAUCUGGGGGACACAGAGCCCUGCUCAGGAUGGGGAGAAGAAGGCCCGGCCCCUCUAACCCCUGCUGUAGGAGACACAUGUGGUCCAGGGAGACCGGGAGCCAGGCCUCUUUGGCUCUGGGACAGGGGAGCACAGUGGUUCUGAAAAAGAGCACAGCCUGCAGUUGCAGUGAGUCAAAGGAAACCGAGAUUCAGGUUAGCUUAACUCAGCACUUCAUUUGUCAGUGCUUUCUCUUUUGAGCAACUGUAUUAAUGGGUGGGGGGAGCCAUGGGAAAGGACCCCAGGAAAGGAAGCACAAACUUAAAGGCAGGGCUGUUGACUUUAUAAAGAAGUUUGCGUUUGUGACAACAACUAUCAUGCCAAUUUAUUUAAAUCAGUAUGCCUAUUGCAAAACCUCCACGUGCCUUUUGAUAUAUUUAAAGAAGUGUGAGGUCACUUACAAUUUCAGAAAAUGGGCAAGGCCGCACUCCUAUGGACGCUUGCCUGGGAAUUUACAGAAUUACUUAUUUCUGAUUAUACGUGAGUUGGGUUUUGCUGCAAAGCUUACUGUUCAUUGUUAGCAACAAAGGUCCUAUUUCUUUUAUUACAGUAAUGGACCAAACUCAAAAGAACCUUGACAAACAAACAAGAGUGUCCUCACUGGAUUGUCCCACAGAUUAAUCCAUGGACUUUAAUUCUUGCCUUGCAGCCUUGUUGGGGGGGGGCACUCUUUGAAGUGUCCCCUCACUUCUCUAGCACUGUCUAAUUGACAUGGGCAGGUCCUAGACCAGGGGUCUGCAACCUUUAAGACAAAAAGAGCCACUUGGACCCGUUUCCGAAGAAAAACAACAACUGGGAGCCGCAAAACCAUUGCGACAUUUAAAGCAUGCACGCCGCUGCCCUCCGAUCUGACAGCGGGCAGGAAGGUGACGUUGGGACAGUGCGUGACUAAUGCACGCACCGCCCCAUGCGACGUCACAGCCAGUACAGUGCCAGCCACAGUGGGGAGUGUCGGGGCACACAAUGCGCCUCCUCCCCUCGCUAGUAUCCGCCCCGGAUCCGCGGCAAAGGUGUAAAAGAGCCACAUGCGGCUCCGGAGCCGCGGGUUGCAGACCCCUGUCCUAGACUGUGUUACUGGUAGGUGCAGACUGGGAACUCAUGUUUUGUCUCUUGUUCUAUUUGAGUCUCAAAACAUGGGGCAGGGGUUCAUGCUUCCUUCCCCAGCUGCCUGCAUGGUGCACCUUCCUGACAUAACCAAAAGAGGAUUAUGGAGAAAAUUAGGAUUUGGAACUAGGGAACCAUGAGGCUCAAAUUUGGGAGAGUGAAGCACAGGGCCCAUCAUGAGGCUGCUGCAGAGGUAAAAUGAGUGGCUUCACUAUACAAAGAGGUUUUCUGCAUUACUAAGGGUGGCAGAAAGGGUGGCGCUGUGGGUUAAACCACAGAGCCUAGGACUUGCCGAUCAGAAUGUUGGCAGUUCGAAGCCCCGCAACAGGGUGAGCUCCCGUUUCUCAGUCCCAGUUCCUGCCAACCUAGCAGUUCAAAAGCACGUCAAAGUGCAAGUAGAUAAAUAGGUACCGCUCCGGUGGGAAGGUAAACGGCGUUUCUGUGGCCUGCUCUGGUUCGCCAGAAGCGGCUUAGUCAUGCUGGCCACAUGACCCGGAAGCUGUACGCCGGCUCCCUCGGCCAAUAAAGCGAGAUGAGCGCUGCAACCCCAGAGUCGGCCAUGACUGGACCUAAUGGUCAGGGGUCCCUUUACCUUUAAGGGUGGCAGAAUGGGAACCAGGCAUAUUGGACCUGUGGAGCUUACUCUGGUGGGAAGUUCUCCCAUGCAACCCUCGGAAAUGAAUCAGGGCUCAGCAGCGCUUGCAUAGGAGAACUGGCUUCCAGCUGGACUGUGCCUCAGGGUUGGCUAGCGAGAAAGGGUCCCCUUGUGCCGUGGGCAUGGAAACGUCUUGAGGCCGUGUCUGCGGCAGCAGAGACCCCUCUGGUCCAAAACCAGGGGCACCUCUGGAAGAUUCCUGCUCUCUUUCCUUGCUUGCAGUCUUACUGAGCCGGCCCCACCAUUUUUUUCCAUCCAUCUGGGUGAGAAGAGCUAUCUUUAGAAAGGGGCCGGGCUGGGGAGCUCUGGGCCUGUAGUUCACUGUGUCAGCAACAGCUGCCAGGCUCUGUGCGGGGAGGGGAAGCCUGGGCCUGAGACGGGAAAGGGCUCUCGGAUGGGAGGGGAAGGGCGUUGAGGGCCGUAUGCUAACAACCGGAUCCCAAGACUUGCUGUGCCAGCAAGUAAAAUAAUUUAGGAUGGGGCGUACGAACUGCUGUGCCAACGCUGCGUCAUUGUGACAUUUCACUGGCACUGCUGGGAUCGCUGUCUUGUCGCUUGAUGCUGUUGCCGAGGUUUGGGGGGGAGGAGUUUGCCCAGGUGUGACCCCUACCCUUUCCAAGUGCAUUCUAUUGGAAUAUUAGCGUGAGGCCCAAAGGAAGUGCUUCUUAACAAAAGUCAUAUUUAACUAUACAGCGUCAGACAAUUUUAAUCAUUAACAUGUCCCUGAGUCUGUUCUGUCAGGGUAGAUAUGCAAAUAAGUAUAGGGCCGGUGCCUGCACUGAGCAUCCUCAGGCAGCAGCCAGGAACCUUUAUUUAAGUUCCCCACUUAAAUUUGGGGGGUGGGGGCAUUGUGAGUAAUGUAUGUGGUGCAUUGCCAUAUUGCCAUGUAAGCCUGUGUGCAGGGGUCUGUGCACACAUGCAAAGGUAUGGCAGAUGUCUUCAAAGCAGGCAUAGGCAAACUCGGCCCUCCAGAAGUUUUGGGACUACAACUCCCAUCAUCCCUAGCUAACAGGACCAGUGGUCAGGGAUGAUGGGAAUUGUAGUCUUAAAAAAACAUCUGGAGGGCCAAGUUUGCCUAUGCCUGCUUUGAAGGCUGGAGAAGGCUCCAGUUAUGUACAUUGUGGCCUCCAAACCCUGCAACGAAAAAACCCAAAUUCUUUAGCCAGAAGAAAUCAUGCUGAUGAAGAAGAUUCACAUGCAUAAUAAAUAUUAUUUAAUUGGGAUCUAAAAAUAGCUUGGUGCCGCAAGAGUGAAAUCAAAAGACAAGCCCUGCCCAUAGCUCUGCAGUUUGCAAAUACAUGAUGAAGGGAAAACAGGAACUAAUUGGGGGUGGGUGGACACAUUAGAAUGAUUGCUUGUGCAUAAUUGUUUCCAAGGUUGAAGUUAAAAUACUUCAGAUAUUCUAGGGGAAGGACUAGUCCUUUUUUAAAAACGCAAAAAUUAAAAAUUGUCCACGUUCACUUUCACACAGCUCACUUUGACAUAUGGCCCUCAGAGCGUUGAGCAUGGGUCAUUAUGGCCCUCCAAAAAUGUUAGCCAUCCUUGGACUAGACAAAUGGAAGGAGUGCAUGAUGUGAGUUGGUGGGAGAUGAUCUUUAGGGACAGGAACUGGCAACCAUGGGAGGAAGAGUAAGAAGUGACGCAGCUCCCACCAGUCAGUCCUUUAGUUCUCACUCCCAACUGAGAUGAAGCCCUGGGCAGAGGAAUUCUAUACUCCACCACCAUGUGGGCAGAACAGCUCUUGUCUCUAAUUCAUGCUCAGCCCACUCCAGGAGGAAACGUUUUGACAGUAAGAGCUGUUUGACAGUGGAACAGUCUCCCUCAGAAGGUGGUGGACUCUCCUUCCUUGGAGGUUUCUAAGCAGAAGUGGGAUGGCCAUCUGUCAUGGAAGCUCUAGUUGAGAUUCCUGCAUUGCAAGGGGUUGGACUCUUGAGGUCCCUUCCAAUGCUAUGAUUGUAUGAUAAAGGGUUAAACACAGUUGAAAGAAACGUUUUUUAAAUUCUGCAAAACUCCAGUCCUUCUCUUUGGCAAUGCUGCCAUUGCCUGCCAGUCCCACAUUGCCCAUGAUGGAAGGAACUGGCCCAUGCUGGUCAACCUGGGUAUGCGUCCACAGUGAUACCACGUCCCCUUAGCGCACGAAGCAAUGCCACGGUGGCCGCAGAUGAUGAACCCCAGCAGCACAGGCAGCCAGUGUGCAGCUUCCAAAAGACUUCAGGUGCCCUGCAGGGUGGGGUCCUAAGUCUCACAUACCACAGUGCCUACAAGUGUGCAGACUCAAAGACCCAGCCAGUCUCCCACCUGUGCAGCCCAUGGGACCGUCUCUCCUCCAGCAGUUUGGCUGAGAAGCCAGUCUUGCUUGCCAGCACCCAACACGGCUACUUACCCCUUCAUACACUCUGUCAGAAGCACCCCUCAGAGGCCGACCCCCACAACCAGAGACAGCAAAUGCAGUACAGUGGUACCUUGGGUUAAGAACUUAAUUUGUUCUGAAGGUCCAUUCUUAACCUGAGACUGUUCUUAACCUGAAGCACCACUUUAGCUAAUGGGGCCUCCCGCUGCUGCCAUGCAAUUUCUGUUCUCAUCCUGAAGCAAAGUUCUUAACCCAACAUACUAUUUCUGGGUUAGUGGAGUCUGUAACCUGAAGCGUAUGUAACCUGAAGCGUCUGUAACCUGAGGUACCACUGUAUUCGUUUCCCUACCUCCAAGGGUCCCAUCCUGAUGCCAUGUACCACCAGUCUGAAGGAGAGGGAACCCUGCUCACUAACCCACGCCAAAUACAGAAACAAUAUGUGGAGUAUUGAUGGCGAUCUUUACUGAACGGCACCAGCAGGGAUGGAGUGUAACCCACAAAGACUGCCAACCAGUCACCUGGGCUGGGCUCUUGCGCUGGUUGGCAAUGCUACAGAGGAGCAGUUGGAAACCCAGUGCUCAUGGCUGUGGUAAUAGGUUGGGUCUUGGUCUGCACAAACCAUGGUGUGGGAUGGCUGUGCUUGUGGGAGCAAGGGGUGAUAUGAAGAGAGCAGUUCAUAGUCCCUGCACCUGGAUGCAGGUAGAAGAGUGAGAAGUGUUGCCUGUGUGCUCAGUCAGUGCUCACGAUAGCAGCGUACCUGGUCUGGGGCUUCUGCCAAAUCCUAAAGCCCCCUCAACUGGUGCAACUCCAAUAAUAGGAUUGUGGCAUACUCAGUUCCUCUCCUAUGUUUUCCCUCCUCUGUGGUUCUGCCCCCUCACCCCCAAUCAUAAUGUGUGUUGUAAGCUCUUCAGGGCAGAAGCCUGCUGAUAUUACUCCAAAAAAAUGUGCAGACGUCCAUUAAAGCAGCCUUGUUACUUGACCCGUGUAUCCUCAAGAUUGCACCAGCCACUUCUUGCGUCUCUUGGAGGUGUGAUCAGGAAUAGCAGUUCCUGAAAUGUGGGGCUCCUGUUUUGUAAUAACUGAAGGGGGAGAGAGCGUACCCGGUUACGAUACGAUAAUUUUUAUUGUCAUUGUCCCAUACAGAACAAUCAAAUUGAAAAAAUCUACAUCAGACAUUCAAAAACCCACAAGCCUGCUAUCCCAGCCUGGUCAGCCCCUAAAAACUCUGAUACCCUAUAAUUGAAUACAGUGGUACCUCUGGUUACGUACUUAAUUUGUUCCGGAGGUCCAUUCUUAACCUGAAACUGUUCUUAACCUGAAGCACCACUUUAGAUAAUGGGGCCUCCUGCUGCUGCCGCGCAGUUUCUGUUCUCAUCCUGAAGCAAAGUUCUUAACCUGAGGUACUAUUUCUGGAUUAGCGGAGUCUGUAACCUGAAGCGAAUGUAACCUGAAGCGUAUGUAACUCGAGGUACCACUGUACAAUAUACUCACAUAAAGACUACCUUACACUGCGUUUAAAACCAAAAUCGCAUUUGGAUAGAAACUGAUAAGGCCAGAAAUACGGCCUGCUCAAAAUGCCAGGCCAGCGCUCCUGAAGUUCAGUCAACUAAGAAGCUGGCAAUCCUGCAGUUUCUUAACUGCUCCUGUUUUUCGAGCCUCCGCCUCCGGCCUUUGAUGACACUCCCCGCCCCCUUCUUCCUCUUAUGUGAAACGCAAAGGGUUAACCCCCCCCCAACAGUCCAACAGAGCAGGGUGAGGGCAGGAUACAUCCUGCUGCACCACCCACAUUUGGCUUCUCUUCCCUCCCUCCAACUUUUUUUCCUUUUGCAGAACCCUUAAUAUGUUCCAUAUGGGCCCAUCAUGUGCACAGAGGCUUCCGAUGGCCCUGGGGCUGGAGCUGUUGGUGGAAUGGACACCCUGAAUUCUGAAUCACACCAACGGCUCCUUCCAGCCCCUAUACAGGGUUUCUUCUUUGAGUUGGCCUUCCCUGUGCAAGGGAGCGGGUAUAAUGAAGCUGAUACGGAUCUCUGUUUACCCCCACCACGCACUGCUUAUACUGGACAUAUUCCCAGGUUGUUUUUAUGUGCUCAGAUUCUAUUUAGUAUUUUGUCUGGAGAUGGAACACUGGGGGUCAGCACGUACUCAAAACUUGUUUUGGGGUGGGGGCUUCUGGAAAGCCUUCCGUAUGGCCACCACUCCUUGCCAGACUUGGUGGGCUUGCCUGCUUCUAAACUUUUUUGGAAAGACCCACUUUCCUUUCACCAGAUUCGAGGACAUGCAUGCAGCAUGCAUUCUGCGGAGUGGAUGCUCGACAGACAAACUGCCAUCAUGCCUCUGGUUCUUGCUUGGAAUUGGUGCCCUGUAAUUUUUACAAGCAGGUCUUUAAUUUGCUGCAAGCUGGACACAGUUUGAGAGAGAGAGAGAAAGAGAAUCUUGUAGGGUGGAGUCGGGAGGUAGACUGCAACCAGCUCAGAUUUUUAAGCAAAGGAGGAGAUUGCCAAGGCCUGAUGCUGAGUCUUGAAAAAAGCCUCCUAACCCUCUUUAUUUCUGAGCCAGCUAAACACUUUCCUCUGGGUCCUGGAUUGCCUUCCCUUCUGGCUAAUGUGGCGGCUAAUCGUGGCAGUAAUUUGUCUGGUUUUUCAGUGCCAGUGAUGGGCUUAGGAAAUAGAUAAGCAACAGCUUUGUAACAUCAGGCGUGGACAUUUACAGGGUUGUCAUGCAGAGGUUGUCAGGUAGGCUCUGUUGGCAGGGCUGGGCGGGGGAUAGAUUCUGUCACGUUGAACCUGCACAUUCUAAUUCAGUUAAUAAGGAUUAUUUAUUUCUUAAGCAGAAGUGCAGUUAGAUAAGUUUAGGUUCUGGAUUUAAUGGUUUUAAAGGGUCUUCCUCUUGAUGAUAAUGUGCAUUACAGGCAACUCCGAAUUUACAUGGAGGUUACGUUCCAAGGCACCACGUGUUAAAUGAAUUCGCAUAUAUUUGAAACACCAUUGAAAAAUCCUGCAAAUGCCCCGUUCUACCCCUUUUUGCAAUGUUUUUGGGUUUGGUGUGAUGAGCGUAUGUGCAGUUGCACACAUUGGACGGGCCUUAAAUGGUCGCUGCCUCUACUUCACUUCAAGAUACAGUGGUACCUCGGGUUAAGAACUUAAUUCGUUCCGGAGGUCCGUUCUGAAACUGUUCUUAGCCUGAAGCACCACUUUAGCUAAUGGGGCCUCCUGCUGCCGCCACACAAUUUCUGUUCUUAUCCUGAAGCAAAGUUCUUAACCCUAGGUCCUAUUUCUGGGUUAGCGGAGUCUGUAACCUGAAGCGUCUGUAACCUGAAGCGUAUGUAACCUGAAGCGUAUGUAACCUGAAGCGUAUGUAACCCGAGGUACCACUAUACUGGCUGUGUGCACAACCAAACUUUUAAAGUACAGUAUAUUGCUCCCCUCAAAGAAUCCUGGGAAUGGUAGUUAAUUCCUCACAGAGCUAGAAAUCCUAACACCCUCAAUAAACUACAGUUCCCAGGGUUCUUGGUGGUGGUAAGAAACGUGUGUGAAAUGUGUGCUGCGCACACAGCCAUGGAGACGCAGUCUUGCUGCAGUUGGGAGCCUUCCUGCGCAUCCUGCUGGGUGGGACCCUAGACGCACUUUGCCCUGAUGGCAACAUUGCCCUCCAAACUUCUCCUCUUAUACUUGCUUUCUGGAAGGUUCUGUAGUGGACCCCCACCCCGUUUUAUUGCAGGCUUAUGGAUGGUGUGUAGGAGUUCUAAUCCAUGUUAGCGACGGUGUGUUGAUUACGUUCCCUCCCGGAGGAUGAAGGCACGGCUUUAUGCAAGUGGUGAAUCAGAGAGAACAGAAAGGGCGUGUGAGUCAAGGAGUCCCUUCGUAAAUAAAAUGCAUAUAUCUCUCAGUGCUUAAUUUCUGCAGGGAAAAGGGGGCUAUGAGGGUCAAACCUGAUUUGAACCAGUUUUCCUUAAUCCUAAGAGUUUGGGGACAGGUGCUAGUCACUCUGUGACAAGGGCAAAGCAGCUAAGCUUCCUUUAUUAUUACAGUACUAACAAAUCUCCCGGUACUGGUACUGAAAUCAGAACUGAAGGUUGAACAUGUGGCCCAAUCGCCUUCGCAAUCUGGCCCGUGGACAGUCCAGAAAUCAGUGUGUUUUUACAUGAGUAGAAUGUGUGCUUUUAUUUAACAUGCAUCUCUGGGUUAUUUGUGGGGCAUAGGAAUUCGUUCAUUCCCCCCCCCCCCAAAAAAAAAAUAGUCCGGCCCCCCACAUGAUCUGAGGGAUGGUAGACCAGCCCACGGCUGAAAAAGGUUGCUGACCCCUGCUAUUCCCACAAUCCUUGUUCCUGUCUAGCCGUAGCCCCUCCUUCAUCUUCCUGCCAACACUGCAGGCCCCAAAUCCCACACACCUCAACCCAUGACUGUGCUCUGCCUUAACUGUUUUAAGUCAGGUCUGUAGCGCAUUUGCUUCCUGCCCCUGGCAGAAAGUCUGGCUGGCAGAAAGACGGAGGGUGUGCAUUAUGGUGCCACCCCACUGACGGAAACAGUGGGGCACAAAGUUAAUUGACCCUGAGAAUGCCAGAGUGAAAGCCAGGAAGAACAGUAUGAGAGACUGCAAAGGAUGUUCUCUUCACAGGUUUCUUCAAAUACUCCCACUAAGGAGCACUGCUAUGUGUGUGUGCAUCUGUGUGCAUAUAAAGGUAGACUUGGAGCUGUUUUAUCCCCCCACUGUGAUUGCUGCAAUUUGUAGGAAGGGAUUAAUUCGUCAAGGGGGGGCGGCGGCGCUGGGAACCUGCUUUCGCCAGCAAAGGCUGCGAUUUGCAUUUUUAUUUUACCCAGAAUCCUUUGUGUGGCAGGCUUUCGCUCUUUUCCUCUCCCCCACCCCCCGCAGGUGACAGCCUUAUGUAGGUGACUCCUGGACAGAUUUGACACAAAUACUGCCAGACACAAGUGGCCUUGGAUUGGCAGCGAGGCUGUCUGCUUCUGAAAAGCCUCAAAGCCUUCGCAGCCCUAGAGAGGCUGGGAAUGGCACUUCUCUGUCAAGUCCAUCUCUCCAUGGGAAACGUUAAAGAUACUACAAAAGGGUUUCUUACACACACACACACACACACACACACACACAGGCUUAAUGGUUUUUAAAAGCCCUUCCAGCCUCCAGUUUUGUUAAUGGAAAACGGAGCUUUAAUUGUGUCCCAAGCACUUUCGUACAUAAGUGGUCAGGGAUUUUCCUCGCAACCCCCUGUGACCCCCCUCCCUCUGUGCAGGCUUCUGGGUUCUCUUGACACCCCCACCUCCAUAUCUCAGUCCCCACCUUUGCCUUAUCCAUAUCAGUGUCUAAUCCCUGCUUUGAGACUCAUUAAUCCAUUUGACCCAGCCUGGCUUGCAUUACAGGGGUGGGCUGUGAGUUUUGGGGAGGGGGAGGAUCUUUAAAGCCCUGUGGGACCUGCAAGCAGAGCCUCUGGCAGGAAUAGCAGUGGGGGGGUUGGUGGGGGUCGGGACCCUGAUGCAGAAGGGACCCCUGUGCCAUCUGUUCCUUUCACUCCACAGUGCAGAUGGCGUCAGCACAUUUGUGGAACAGGUAACCCCCUGGGGAAUAGAGAGCUUGAUGGGUUUUCUCUUUCCAUGGGGCAAGGGGAGAGUAGGAAGGGGCGUGGGUUUGCCAUUUGGCUUUUGACCAGCUGCCCCACAUCGCCAGAGCUCAGAUUUGUGUGGAAAGAACAUGGCGACUUUCUCCUUCCCUCCGCUCCCUGCUAACAGUUCUUAACUUUCAUUAUCAUAUAGCCCGGUCAGUGCCCAUGUCACUUUACAUAGAGAGGAAUGGAAGGUCUCUGUCCCCAAGGAGCUUACAUCCUAAAUUUUGAAAGUGGAAGAGAGAACAAAGGGAGAGUUGUGGGUAACAAAGGAUUGGCUUAGGAUGACUUAGAGUAAUGCAGUUAGAUCAGGUAUGUCCAAAGUCUGUUUUGGGGGCCUAAUCUAGCCCGCCGGUCGGUUUAAUCUGGCCCCCUUAGCAGUUUAUUUCCUGGGGGUAAAAUCCUAAAAAAAACUGAACAACAAAAAAAGGUCAACAACUUUGGUUGGCCCUUUGGUCGGCCCUCACAGCCCUUCACUUCAUCAAAUCUGUCCGUCUUUGAAAAAAGUUUGGACACCACUGAGUUAGAUGGAUUUAAGCGUCAGUUGGGGAUAAAGGCUAAAGCCUGCUUAGAAUACCUGUUUUCUUCUUGGAAACCUUCCUGGGUGCGUGGAGCAGAGUGUAGUUACUCAGCUGCCAGCGCAAGGCACUCACCUUGGGCUGCUCCAGAAGUCAGUGAACUCUGCAGCUGAGGCUAAGCCCUACUCAACCUGGGCUCAAAUGGCACCCUGCCCCUCCCAGAAGGUACAUGGAGCAGCCUGGAGGCUCACUCCUGACUCGGGUGCGGCAGGUAGGCAGGCUCCGGAAGUGCAGCAGGCGAGUCAGAGCUAGCAGGGCUGAGCCCUACAGGUGAGGUCACUGGCCGGGUUAAGGUGGAAGGCUCCGUUUUGCCUGUAAACUCUAUUAUCUGUGCGUACAGCUACAGAUUGCGUGGAAGGGCAAAGCACACGUGAAAGGGGGGUGCAUUUAGAAUCAUGUCAGGUGCCGUUAAACACUGGAACUCUUUCCCAUGGGUUGCUAAAAAGUGCUGCAUUUUCGUUUAGCUAGAUUCUGCAGCGAUUGGUCCAUUAAUGGCUGGAAAUGGCUCCAGCGCAGGGGAGGGACUGAUCAUACUGUGUGAGGAAAGCCUGAACUUGAGAGGGUUUGUUAUAUGCUGAAGGAAACCUGUUAAAGGGCAUUACGGAGAUGAUGGUUUUCCGAUCUGUGGGUGACAACUGUGAUAGUCCCAAGAAAAUUGCUUUAAUAGGUCCCCUUAUUAAAGAUUUUCAGAGGAGUUAUAUAUCCAUGGACAUAUCAUUUCUAAUGUGUAAAAUGCUUUACAGUGCUUUGUUCCACCUUCACAAUAGUUUUCUGAAGCAGAGAAUAGUUGCCUCCAUUUUAUAGAUGGUGGACUAACUGCAUCUGAUGGCCAUAAACUCAUGCGUUAGAAUAUGGGUUGCUGUUGAAGUCAUCUAAAAUGUGCUGGGAUUUAAGCUGGGGAACUGCUUUUCUCACACAGCCUCGUCCCUCAGCUAUUUUUCCUUUCAGUGGGGCUCUGAAACUGGAACUAAAGCCCCCUGGGUGAGUGGGGGAUAGGGAGGAGAGGGAAAUGUCAGGUGAGGGAAAGUUUCAACACCUGCUUGCUGCCUGUGCACUGUAAAUUUCCUGCUUUGCUUUCUAUGAAUUCAGCAUGGCCAAUCUUCUAGCACAGGGGCAGUCACCCGGGAGCCCCCUCUCUGGAUGUUGUUUUUCAGCUCCAACUCCCACCCCCCAGCCAGCAUGACCUGUGGUUGGGGAUGAUGGGCUCCACAUUGGCUGUCCCUGUUCUAGCACCUGGUUGUGCCACCAUUGCGCAUAGUUCAGCCCUAAGAGAAAGUGAAUUACACAAGACAGACUGAGGUUCCAACUGCGUUAGAUCCCAAGUGCUGUAUUGAUUCAGGGUCUUCUCUCUCCCACAUGUUGCACUGGUGUAUCCUGUUGUGCCUGGCACUAGAAGUUUUAAUAACUCUUUGCAAAAGAGUUAUCUGUCUGAACAAAGAAUAGACAUGAACAUUUAAUAGUGCAAAAGGACAGAGGGGUUCUGCUCCACAGCUGUUCCUUGUAAUGUGCCAUUGAAUAAGAUCCAUGAUGUGAUCGCAUGGUGCUGUGCAUUACCCCAACUUCACCUCGCAUCAUUAACUGUCAUGGCAGGAAGCGCACGGUGUGGCUACGUGGUGAGGCUAUAUCAUGUCAUGCGCUGCCUUCGAGUAGACAUCACAAGGAACAGAGCAGUGGCUACUCCUAGUUUACAGCCUGAGGAACAGAGGAACGGAAUCAUAAUGAUUAGCCUGAAGUAGUAACAUCUAUUUAUUUGAACACACACACCCCAGACCUGUGCAUUCAUUUUAAAUAUUUGUAUGCCUUCUAUCAGUUUAGUACCCUCAGUUUAAUGAUGGUGUGUGAACUUCUGGGCUUCACCAAACACUUUGUCACACAUAAUGAUCAUUAAACCAGUUUGGUGGACAGACUUGUAAAAUUCUAAACUUGUGUGAACCAUUUUUUUAAAAAAAUACUGGUUCUCCUAAUAAAAUAUACAAUCUAAUCCAUGUUAUUCUCCCCCGCCUCCCGUGGGAACUAUACAAACACCAACAUUUGGGAUAAGCCGACAACUAUUGUUCCAGGUGUGCAGUUCUUUGCACUCAGAUGUUCCCCUCAUUCCUCACUGACCUAGACAUAAUUUCGGACUCUGAUCUAGCUCACAACUAGAUUCCCCCUCCUGCUUUCCCCAGCCACACACACAAAUUGCUCCAUAGCCAGUGUUCCACUUCUAGAUUUCGCCACCUUAAAGAGGCAGGUAGGUUCCUGUUUGGGCAGUGCUGUUUGAAACUGUUUGGACUGGCCGUUGCUAGGAAUAGAGGCAGCAGGAGGAAUUUUGACUUCUUCCGCGGGUUCUUAGGAGCUUCAGAGGGACCUGGAAAGCAAGGAAGUGUUUGCACGGGCUUCCCUUCCACAGGGGUGAGUGAAACCCAAGUUUGUAGGCUUCAGCCUUUUCUUCUGGGGAUAAUACUAGUGGGGGAGAGAAGAUCUUAGAUGCAGGGGCUGCUUCCUCAAGCAACAGGCUUUGCCUAUAGUUAAGAACAGUAGCGCCGGAAAGUUCUGGUCCUUGGGCAUAAUCCACCCGGGAAUUCCAUGGAAGCUCUAUUGAAAUCAGUAGUAGCUGGGCAAAAGUUUCCACACAUUUCAGUGGAUCUUGUGCAAGAGACGGUCCGAGUGGAUUGUGCCCCAAAGAAGCUGCUGCCAUUUCUGUUUUCUGUCUCGGGCACCAAAAUGUCCCAGGCCAGGCCCGCUUGGAAGUUGCUGGACCUAGUUCUUUCUCCCCAUUUUGUGGGUAUAUGUGUGUGUGCUUGUUGAUAAUGGAGAAAACAGAACCUUCACCCUCCUGCUGAGAUUGCUUUCAUUGCACUGAGGCUACUAUCAGUUUGAUAGUUCAGUAUCAACUCUUGUCAGUUGGUCACCCAGAAUUAGUAAGAGAGAGAAUAGGUUAUAGCUUUAUUUUAGAUCAUUUCCUGUUUCCUGGCAAUUAGAAGUUCAUAACUUCGUGAAAUAGAAAAACCACUAAUUUGAGGAGAGAUUAUGGGGUCCUGGACCAUUACAAAAAUGUGCAGCUCCUUGCUAGUCAAAUGUCUGUUAUUUUAGAUAAGUAAACAGAACUGAAGUUCCAGUUCAGAGAAAGCUAUUCAUCCUCGGGAGUGCCAUUGAAAUCUAAAGGAAUAAAUGAGCUGCGGCUGAUUUAAAUCUAUUUUAUUUCAGUGGGUCUUAAGUACAGCCAACCUUUUUUUCUGAAUUGGUCUGAUCAUCACUUGCUAAGUGCCCAAAGGCCUCGACCAGUUGUGGAAUCCAUGUUAACACACACACACACACACACACACACACACACAUUGUGAGUGAGAUAAACUGCUCUCUCUUUCUCUCAAAAUAUCUUAAAGAGUAUAAUUGUAGGCUGAGGUGUGAUCUACUUGUGGGUCUCUCUCCACCUGUUGAAAACUAGUCAAGCAGAGGAGGAAGGUACAGAACUGUUUUCAGGAACCCCCAAGCAGCUUUACAAUUUCUUCCUAGACAGGCCCAUUUGUUCCUUCAAGCCUGACCUGGCUAGAAAUGCUUUUAGGCGGAAUAUGCAUAUUUGCCUGGGCAACGUUCCAGACUUUGGACUUUUCUAUGUUACUUCCUUGCUCCGCACUCCUGUCUAGAUAGCUCUCCUUGCUUGUCCUCUAAUUUCCCAGUUUGCCUCACACUCUUGCAGUCUCCCAGUCUCCUGACCCAUCUGCCAGCCGUCUGGUUUGGGUCUUCCCCAGUACAGUCAAACCUUGGUUGUCGAACGUAAUCCGUUCCGGAAGCCCAUUCAGCUUCUGAAAUGUUCGACAACCGAGGCGCGGCUUCAGUUUGCUUGCAGGAGCUUCUAGCACUCCAGCGGAAGCUGCAUCGGACGUUCAGCUUCCAAAAAAAGUUUGAAAACUGGAGCAUUUACUUCCGGGUUUUUGGCGUUCAGGAGCUGAAAUGUUCCAAAAUGGAGCCGUUCAGGAACCAAGGUUUGACUGUAUUAGAAACUCACAUAUAUAAGCUAAUCGCCAAAUAGAACCCUAAACCUUGGUUAUGGUCACCACAACAGAAUGUCUAGGUGCCAUUUUUUAUGGGGGUUAUUGUUGUUGUCUCCCAUAAAAAUGGUGCCUAGACAUUCUGUUGUGGCAACUAUCAUCAUCAUCAUUAUUAAUGAUAAUAAUUUUUAUUUCUAUAUCACUUUAUAUUUUAAAGGAAAAAAUAUCAAAGCAGUAUACAACAUGUUAAAACAUCAGAUAAAACAAUUCAGAAUGAAACAAAUUAAAGUUCCAAGGAAAAUAUUUCAGAUCCGUCUCUAAGGGACAUUUGGCUUUCCCCAUAUUUAUUUACCUACUUUAUUUUAUGCCACUGCCCUAUAGCAGAAGUACUCUAGGAAGCCAGUGUGGUGUAGUGGUUAGAGUAUCAGACUAGGACCUGGGAGAUCAGAGUUCAAAUCCCCACUCAAACAUGAGUUGGACCCAGGUCAGUCUCAAAAUGUGCCAUGUGCUGGUGGAGCUUCUGAUACUGGUCUUCUCUUGUCCCAGGUGGGAGAUUUCUCAGUUUGGGCUUUUUGCUAAUCCUCAGAUCUGCUUCUGCAUGAACUUCCUGUGCUUCCUUGAUGAAGACCUUCCCCCAAACUGAUGCCUCUGAAGGGCACCAAGUUGGCGAAGGCUGCUCCCGGCCCUGUACCAUUCUGGCCUGGCUUUGGUUCUCCUGACAGACUUUCGCCUUCUGCUCUUGGGCUGCCUACAGCCAAGUACACGUGGUUAUUUAUUUCUUUUCCUUCAAAGGAAUGUGGUUUUAAAGACCCCCCUCCCCCCCUUUUCAGGGCCUAGGUCUAUGCUAACAGUUAAGAUUGUCUGAAUAGCUAUCUUCACUCUAUCUCAAAGUGUCUUUUAAAAAAAUCUACCCCCACUUCCUUCCCUCUGUAUGGAAGGAUUAUCCUCUUAUCUUUUUUAAAAAAAUGUCAGAGGCUUUAAACAUAGUUGAGGACUGCUAUCCCUACGUAGAUCUUGCUCUUCUUUAAUUUGCUUGACCUUUGGUCCCAGUUCCCGUCCUUACAAGUCUGCCAUCUAAAUCAUUUUGCCGUCUUUGUUGCUGUGGUGUGAUCUGGUUCCUUAAAACGUGAUGCCCCACAGUGUGAGUCAGUGGUGCUUCGACUGCGGCCUAACCUGCCUAAAGUUUGCAUGUUAGUGCCAACUCCAUUUUACUCAAUAGAGGAGGUUCUUCUCUAUGUAAACAGAAACUUUCUUUGGUAACCAUUUACCAUAGAAGGCAUGACUAAUCUUGUCCUGUACAGUAUAAGCAACUAUCUGCAGAAUGCAUGGGCAGGAUAAGGAAAUGGGCCUUCUAUUCUUGUGUAGGGUGUUCAUGCUUUUAGUUCAGACUUCCUCAAACUCGGCCCGCCAGAUGUUUUGAGACUACAAUUCCCAUCAUCCCUGACCAGUGGUCCUGCUAGCUAGGGAUCAUGGGAGUUGUAGGCCAAAAACAUCUGGAGGGACGAGUUUGAGGAAGCCUGCUUUAAUUCCUUUAUCUCAAAGCGCCAAUUCUAUACUUGUCCUGAAGGUGUACAGAAUUUAGGGGUGGUAUCUCACAGCCGAGAGAUCAAGUAGUGUUCUAGGUUCCCGUGCUUCCAUCCUGAUGCCCUUCAGUCAAGUUACCACCGCAGAAUUGACAGGGACGACAAGACCUUCUUAAACAGUAUAUUAGUCACUGGUUGCAAUUUUCCUUCUUAAGCUUUACUGUGGAGACUUGAGACUUUAAGGAGGUUUCUGAGGGAGAUCUUGAGGCCAGUUUCAGCAACCCACCAAAUCAAAUGGUAAAGCUUUUCUUGGGUGGGUGCUACUUCAAGAGCAUGCAAGGAAAGGAAGGGAGAACUGGAUUGCCCAAGUGGGUUCUAGGACACCACCGGAUGGGUGUUGUUCUGCCUUGCUUGAAGAGGCGGAAAACGUAUCUCUUGACUGUUUGUGAGUGAAACGUUCCAUCCCUUCACAUAGAAAACUAAUAUGUCAGUGAGAAUGGCUCUGGUUAGACUUCCUGACAGGCUGGUUUUCUACAUACAGGGAGUGUUUUUAAUUAUUUGCAAUAAAUUUAAUCAUACAGGCUGAAGUGUUACAGUCUAGGAAAAGUUUCAUAAGCUGCAGGAAUUUUGAAUAUGUUUAACUUAAGAUCUCAGGCUGUAGGGAGAUGUUGCUGUGUCCCCUUGGAAGAAGCAUUGAGUCUUCAUUGUGUAACUGGGCUCCUUGCUUGCUUAAUAUGUUUUUUUGAUCUAGGCCAGGCUGGAUAUGUAAGUUUCCAGCUGCGGAUGGGUGGGAAGCAUUUUAAUCUGAAAAACAGUACUGAGGAAAAGCAUUCACAACCAUACACCUGCACCACAGUCCCAGUUUGAAUCCCCACAUUCUCAACUGCCUUUUGCUAACAUGUAAAGCAGGAACCCUCCGUAUGUUACUGGAUUCCAACUCUCAUUGGCUUCAGUCAGCAAGGCCAGUAGUACUCAGGAUUAUGGGAGUUGUAGUCUAGCCAUAUCUGGAGAGCCAUGGGUUCCCCACUCCUGAUGUAGAGAUGGAAAAUCCAGUAAUGGGUCUUGGUUAUCUAGUCCAGUUAGGCUUGCAAUACUGGAAUUGUUCAUCUAUUUUGCAACAUCAUGGAGCUGCUGGUGAAUAUUUUCUUUGGGUGAACCUGUGUCAAAGUGCCCAAGGAUGUAAUUCCCAGACUACAGGCAAGGAAGAAUAGGUAUAGAGGCAUUUGGGUGGGGUGGGGGUAGGCAGGCAGGGAGAUGCAAGGUUGCUAGCUGCAAACCACAAAUGGGCAUGGGGCAGGUCUGCUCUUGAAGGAUUUCUAAGACAAUCAGGACACUAGACUAGGAGCAUAUCAAAGUCUGAGAGAUCCUUCUUGAAGCAAUACAUACUGCCAGGCCUUCCCUCCCGUCUAAAAGGUUGAGCUCCAUUUUCGAGAUCUGAAAAAAACCACAGUUUUGAACUGGUACUUUACAUUUUUAUCUCUGCUUUAAUCAUGUGUGUAUAUAUUUGGCCCAGUUCUUCAAUUUUUAAAGGACCGCUUUUCAUUCCAGUCCUAUUUUCCAUAGUUGUGUCAUUUCUGUGAUAAUAGCAUGGAUACCAUCCCUGCUAUUUUAAAAAAUGCUGAACAAUUUGAGAGCCAAGAGCUUCAUUCAUAAUUGCUCUAGGGUUGCAGUUUUCCAGCCAAUAGUGAACUCAUUCUGUGUUCGCUCUCCCUAGUUUAUAUAUAAGAUAUUAUGCGGGACCAUGUCAAACAACUUGCUGUGUUAAAAUAAAAAUAAAAAAUAAACAGGAGUGCCCCUCCCAUAUCCACCAAUAUAAUACAUCUCUUGUCUUAACUACCAAGUCAGUUACACCAUUAAAAAAAAGAAAUUUUAUUGCAUUAACACAAGCAACCAAGUAAGCAUAAAGGUUUCCUUUAGGUGUUUCAGAACUGUCUCUUUAAUUUGCUUUAAUCGACUCGUUGGAACAUAGCUCGUAAUUUGACAUGACUCAUUUUGUAUUAAAUAUUCUGUUAAUACUUGCUAAGUCAUUGGAGGAGGGGACAACUCUUUCAUGGAUAUGAGCUCUGAGUUCCUUCAUUGAAUGGUUAACUUUUAUUUAAAAGAGGAGGAGCGGAAGAAGUCAUAGUCAUAGUCAUUAUCUUCUUUAGCUCAUUUAGAUAUGGCGAUAUCAGGAAAAACACGUAGACAGUAUUCUGCCUCAGUUCCUCAGUGAGAAGCAAACCUAUUCCCAACACUGCAGAUUUCUGGCUAGAGGCAGUGGGAUGAUUGUACUUAAAAGUAAUUUAUUUUAUAAUUGUAACUGUGUUUCAUUACUUGGCUUUGGGUUUUGGUUGUUUCAUUUUAAUCUGUUCAGUAGCCUCCGGUGUACAGUAUGUUUAACUAUCCUGCCAGACACACAGGCCUUUUCCUCUUUAGUCAUCAGGGUGGGUCACUUGUCUCCCAAGAAUUCCUAGGCAUAAAGUGAUGGACUAUGUUCCAUUUCAUAACCACCUGUUUUAAUUUUUGACCUGAAGCUAUACCUUUUGGGUAGGGAAUAUAAUCUGCAAAGUCUUCCGGUGGAGCUUUUUUUAUUAUCUUAGGGCAGAAGAGGGAGGAGACAGGAUUUAGGAGCAGCAGUUGGGUCUCAUGUGCCGAGUGAUGUCAGGUUGCUUUUGUGUUGCUUAGAUCAUGGGUAGGCAAACUAAGGCCCGGGGGCUGGAUCCGGCCAAUUGCCUUCUCAGUCUGGCCUGCAGACGGUCUGGGAAUCAGUGUGUUUUUACAUGAGUAGAAUGUGCCCUUUUAUUUAAAAUGCAUUUCUGGGUUAUUUGUGGGUCAUAGGAAUUCAUUCAUUAAAAAAAAAAAUAGUCCGGCCCCCCACAAGGUCUGAGGGACAGUGGUCUGGCCUCUUGCUGGAAAAGUUUGCUGACUUAGAUGAAGAUGGCUUAGAUGAAUUGCUGUGUGGGACCAGAUCCCCACCCAUUGCCUUCCAGCAGAGGUGUACAGCUAUUGUGGGUUAAUAGGAUCUAUCUUUCACAAAUCUGUGCCAGCUGCUUUUUAAAUAACCACCUUUAAAUCCAUAUACAUAUAAAUGGGUUGUAUCUGACGUUAGCCGUAAUCAGAGUAAACCCACUUAAGUUAAUGGACAUUACUAUCUUAGAUCUAUUAAUUUCAGUGAGUCUGUUCUUGGUAUAGUUUAAUUGGAUACAACCUAAUAUUUUUUGCUCUCUUCUCUUUCUGCUAUAUGCCUGUACAUGUUUGUGUGUUCUAGUUGAGAAGCCACACUGCCAAUUCCAAAUCCAUUUUGGCUGAGCCAGCGUCUGUACGCAUGUAUAUGAACGUUUUCUUCUGCCCAGAAUUGUGUGACUAAACACACACCAGGUGGAUAGAAGUGAACAUUAUCCAUGAUAAAUGCACCACACUGUGUCAGUAGCCAUGUGGAAAAUGGUUGCCUGUAUCAUCCUGUCAAGUGGCAUGGAUUUUUUUAAAAAAACUGCACACCUGGUACAGAUGUGUGGCAAAAAGUUCAUCUGAAUCCAUCCGAAGCCUUUUGUGUGCCUUCACAGGCUUUCAGUGUAGUCCUGAAAAACUAAUAAAUGGUAGUGGACAAAUGGGAAAACUAACCUUUAUCUCUCUUGACAAGCUUCUUUCUCCACCCUUCUCUUCCACCCCAGUGAAUGUCGCAAGAGGGCACUGGGCUUACUUAUAUCUGGGUGGCAUCAAGCAUUUCCUGUUGCUGUUUUGCUUUUGCUUAAGAGGCAAUAAAGUUUCCGAAGUUUGGCAUUUUGAUUGGUGUGUCCAUUAAGUCUUCUAGGACAGUGACUUAAGCCACAGAGUGCCAACAUGGAGACCAUCUUCUUCUGUUCCUAGCCCCUACUCCAUAAUUUCUGCUUCUCAUUUUGACCAGGGGUUCUCCCACAACGUUAUUCAGAUCUUCCUAAAUAGAAGAAAGCAGUUCCUUGCUCUUGGAGUAGCUGGUGUAUUUGAGUCAUGGAAGUGUUGCCUAGAAAUCCUUCCCUUACGUAGCCUCUGGGGCUUGGAGGGGACAAGUUGAAGUUGAGGUUGUUUCUCCUCUGUAUAUUUCAAAACCCUACAGAAGAUUAUAUAGAACGGGGAGGGUGCCCAGAGGUGCAAUUUCUUAACUUUUUUGAGAGCUUAAUUUCCAGUGACUUUCCUAGUUUUCUAAGGUAGGCUGCACGGAGAAGAAACACUGAGAUGAUCUAUUUAAAAUCCUGUUGGGAACUUCUCCCUGGGACAAGCCCUGGCAAGACAUCUAGGUGGAAUUGCAUCUCUCGGCUUCCAACUCGGUUAAGUGAAGGAUUUGGAAUAUUACCAACAGCUUGGAACCAAACUAGUUAUGAUGUUAUUCAUGUCUUCAGCCCUUGUGUGACUUUUAAAAUAAGUAAAUGAUUUGUGUGGAGCCAGACUGAGGUCAUGGUGGGGGUGUUGGCUUUAAUCCUUUCCCCCCUAUUUUGAUCUCGAUCAGAACCACCUUACGAUCUUUAGAUGAAGGGGAACAUACAAAUUUAAUAAAGAGAUAAUAAAACCUGGUCCCUCAUCAUUUGCAGUGGGAGGAAAGCGCCCAUUGGCACCAAGGGGGACUUUUCCCCACUGCAAAUAGCAGGUGCAGGAGGCCCAGUUCUGAUAGGACCAUGAUGCGGACACAGCACGAAAGCUCCCAUCCUAACCAUGCCACUGCUCUGAUCUAGAUUCACACAAACACACUCCACCCUGGCAUUGUUGUUGAUGUUGUUGUUUAGACAGCCAUGUUUGCAUCAUCAUCAUCAUUUUCUGGUCUUAACAUGUAGCUCAUGUUACAAGGUGACAUUCUCCUGGUAAUUAUUCCUUAUGUGUUCCUGUGAGCAUGCUCCUUGCAGUGAAAUUGAGGGCCUAAUAAGAUGUGGUGUGAAUUGCAUGUUAAAGUGUGUUUUGGGGUGUGUUUGUAGGGAAACCUGAGCAGCCACAGGACCAUGGAGGUGGGGGAGAGGCAGUUUGACACCCUAUCUCUCUCCCGCCCCCCUUUCAUGGUUCAGAUAAAAUCUGUGCUGUUUGCAUUUCAAGUGAAAUGCAGAAAGCCACUUGAAAUGAAAUAUCAGCUUCAGGGAGUUUUGGUGGGAUCACAGAAGUGGGAGACAGACAGACAGAGAGACAGAAACUUCCUCUUACCACCCCCUGAGGCUAUGCAGGCUUUGCCAUAGCUGCCAUUUUACAUAACAAAAAUUGAUAUAAUGCCUAGCUUUGCCUUGAGAUGCCUUUAGACAGCCCUUCGAUGCAAAAUAAACAUGGUCCGUUUCUUUUCAUUGUUUUACCACACUCAGAAGGUUAGCUCAAAAGAAGAUAAAUAUGAGAAAUUACAAACAUAUCCCACCUCAUGGUGAGAGUUUCCUGUGAUAAAAACUUCUGUUAGCUUGUCAUUAGCCUUAUACUCAGCCAGGCAUGAAAAGAAAGGAAGGGAGUCUAUGCAGACAGGAUUCCAAUGGAAAGGAUAUAUACUGCUUAUUGUCUGUGAAUUGAUUUGUUAUCAAACGUUCUCUAAUAAAAAGAUUUCAGAGCCGAGGAUAGCAAUUCUAGCAGGUAAAAGGUGCACCUCUCAGAAUCAUUGGAAAUGAUGGUGUGUAUACUAUUCUGUGAGAGAAGUACUGGUAGGUAGGAACUGUUUCUCCUUACCAGGGUUGGAUCAAGACAUUUUGGAGCUUGAGACAGAGAAUCCAAAUUUCAAUGAGCCUUGUGCCUAGGAACCUCCUUCUGGAUUGUCCUCCAUUGGUACAUUGUGUACCUGAACUCUUUAUUAUUGUUUUUAAGAUAAAGUCUCUCAUCAAAGCCACUCCUGAGUAAGCUUGGCAGUCAUGGACUAAUAGGAGAGGGCCUCUCAAGGAUCAGGAACGGGUUAAGAAACAGGAAGCAUAGAGAAGAAAUAGAGUCCCAGUGGAGGGAUGUAGAAAGUGGAGUGCCCUGAGGAAGGGAAUUGGGACUGCCACUUUAAAAUAUGUUCAUUGAUGGUCUAGAGCAGGGGUCAGCAAAGGAUAAAAUUUAAAAUAUUGACUGAUGCUAAAGAAAGAGGGGGAUUUGCCCUGCCAGACUUUAAACUUUAUUAUGAAUCAGCAGCUUUCUGCUGGUUGAAGGAUUGGUUACUUCUGGAAAAUACUGAUGUUUUGGACUUAGAAGGUUUCAAUAAUGUGUUUGGGUGGCAUGCAUAUUUGUGGUAUGACAAGGUUAAAGCUCACAAAAUAUUUAAAAACCAUAUUGUCAGGAAAGCACUGUUCAAUGUCUGGAUAAGAUAUAAAGACUUAUUGGAGAAUAAAACCCCAAGGUGGCUAUCACCAAUGGAGGCAAAGGCCCUGAAAAAGUCCAAUAUGGAGGCCAAGUGGCCAAAAUAUUGGGAGAUCUUGGAACAAGAAGGAGAUAAAUUCAAAUUGCAGAGUUUUGAAAAACUAAAAGAUAGAGUGCGUGACUGGUUGCAUUAUUAUCAAAUAAGAGAGGUCUAUAAUUUGGAUAGAAAAAUUGGCUUCCAGGUGGAAAAAUCAAAGUUGGAAACAGAACUGCUAGAUCCCAAAACUAAAACACUAUCAAGAAUGUAUAACUUGCUGCUAAAAUGGAAUACUCAGGAUGAAACGGUAAAAUCUGCUAUGAUUAAAUGGGCACAGGAUGUUGGACACAACAUUAUGUUUGCAGACUGGGAACGGCUAUGGACCACAGGUACGAAGUUUACAGCAUGUAAUGCUUUAAAAGAGAAUAUAAUGAAAAUGGUGUACAGGUGGUACAUGACCCCAGUCAAGCUUGCAAAAAUCUACCAUUUGCCCGAUAAUAAAUGUUGGAAAUGUAAUGAAACUGAAGGUACAUUCUUUCACCUUUGGUGGACGUGCCCAAAGAUUAAGGCCUUCUGGGAAAGGAUAUAUAAUGAGUUGAAAAAGGUAUUUAAGUACACCUUCUUAAAGAAACCAGAGGCCUUUCUCCUGGGCAUUGUUGGCCAAUUGGUGCCAAAGAAAGAUAGAACUUUCUUUAUGUAUGCAACAGCAGCAGCAAGGAUACUUAUCGCAAAGUAUUGGAAGACACAAGACUUACCCACUCUGGAAGAAUGGCAGAUGAAGGUAAUCGAUUAUAUGGAAUUGGCGGAAAUGACUGGCAGAAUCCGUGACCAGGGAGAAGAGUCGGUGGAAGAAGACUGGAAGAAAUUUAAAGACUAUCUACAGAAAUACUAUAAAAUUAAUGAAUGUUAAAUUGAGGUCUGAUUGAAAACUACUGGUAUUGGCAAAAUAAGUUUAAGAGCAUGGAAUAUUUGAUUGAUAAGGUUGUAAAAAUAUUUAUUUAUAAAUAGAUUAAGUUUUUUGAGUUAACAUAAAGGAAGGAGGGUAAGGAUUUGCUGAAAGGAGUUUCUAAAUGGAAAUACAAGUGGGGAGGUGCGGGGAGUCAAAGAACUAAGGAAAGAUAAGAAGGUUAAAUGAAAGUAUAAAUUUUUAAACUUUUCUGUUUCUUUUUUUCUCUCUCUUUUUUCUUUCUUUGUUAUGGAUAUUGUUAUUUUUGUUUUCUUUUUGUUACUGUUAUUGUUGUUUUUUGUCUGUGGAAUUUUUGUAUUUUUGUAUGCUUUGGAAUUUUUGUAAAACCAAUAAAUAUUAUAUAUAUAAAAAAAAAACUUUUUCAGCAGGGGGCCGGUCCACUGUCCCUCAGACCUUGUGGGGGGCCGGACUAUAUUUUUUGGGGGGGAAUGAACGAAUACCUAUGCGCCACAAAUAACCCAGAGAUGCAUUUUAAAUAAAAGGAAACAUUCUACGUAUGUAAAAACACACUGAUUCCCGGACCGUCCGUGGGCCGGAUUUAGAAGGCAAUUGGGCCGGAUCUGGCCCCCGGGCCUUUGCCUACCCAUGAUCUAGAGUUAGAGGUGAGCAGUGAGGUAGCCAAGUUUGCUGAUGAAACCAAAUUGUUCAGGGUCAUUGAAGCAAAGAGGGGUAGUGAUGAGCUGCAAGAGAAUCUCUCAAGACUAAGCGAAUGGACAGGAGUGGCCCACCCAUAUGUCAGGGUGAAGCAGCUGCCCUGCCACCCCCACAGGUGGCAUCAAUGCAGCCCCGGCCUCAGCACUGGUUUCCAGAGUGAUCUCGCUGGAACCUGCCUCUGUAGCUUUGCACCACUGCUGCGCUCCCUAGGUAAGGGCCACUUUGGCAGUGGCAGUGUGGUGGCAGGGCAAGGCGGCACUUCCUGUUUUUACCCCAAGCGGAAAAUUGGGACACACUGCCCCUGGAAUAGACAGAAAAAGUGGCAAAUGCAAUUCAGCGUAAGCAAAUAUCAAGCAGUGUACAUGGUGGUGGGAAUAUAAUUUUACAUAUAUACUCGCGGGAUCUCAACUGGCAGUGACUGACCAGGAAUGAGACCUUGGGGUUAUAGUGGAUAGCUUGAUGAAGGUAUUGACCCAGCUGCGAAAACAGGCAAUUCUGUGUUAGGGAUUUUAUUUUAUUUUAUUUAUUACAUUUAUAUACCAACUUUUUUCUUCCAAGGAACUCAAGGUGGUAUACAUGGUUCUCUCUCCACCCUGCCCCCCCCCCCAAUUUCAUCUUCACAACAACAGUAGGUUAGGCUCACUCAGGGAGCUUCAUAGCUGAGUGGGGAUUCAAGCCCUGGUCUUCCAGGUUAUAGCCCGAACACUCUUAACCAUUAUGCCACACCGAAAAUAAUGUUACCUAUAUCAUAAUGCUGUUGUGCAAAUAUAUGGUGCGUACACACUUGGAAUACUGUGUACCGUAUGAGAGAUGUGUAUAAAAAUUGUGUGAUGUGGUUGGAGAGAUGUUUUACUCCAUAUUGCCUAUUACUAGAACCCAAUGAAGCUGAAUGCUGGGAGAUUCAGAACAAACAAAAUUAAUUACAUCUCCACUCAGUUAAAUUAUAGAAUUCACACCCUCCAGCAUUUGUCCGAUGUAAAUAGGGACGUCCCACCAUCCCCUCCAACAUCUCUCUGAUGAAAAUCGGGACCUCCUAAGGAGAAGCGGGACAUUCCAGGAUGAAGUCAGAAACUGGGAUGGCUUCUGUAAAUCCUGGACUGUCCCUGGAAAAUAGGGACACUUGGAGGGUCUGUAAUUUGCCUCCCACAGGAUAACAUGAUGGCCACCAAGUUGGAUGGCUUUAAGUAAAUUUAUGGAGGAUGAAGCUAUUCAUGGCUACUAGCCAUGAUUCCUAUAUUUUACCUCCACUGUUGGAGGCAAUGUGUCUCUGUAUAUCAGUUACUAAGAAUCCCAAGUGGGGAGAGGGCUCUUGCAUUGAGGUCCCAUAGUCGUCUUGUUGGUACCGUGAGAUCAGGAUGUUGGUCUAGAUGGACCUUUGGUCUGGUCCAAGAGGGUCGUUUUUACAUUCUUAGGACCUCUGUAUCUCUCUCUUAAUGGAACCCGAAAUUGCCACGAGGUGACCAUUCACCUUACCUUGCGAAAGGGUCAGUUUUGCUCUUGUAACACCCAAUACGUAUAUUGAGGGGGGUCCUUUGGGCUGGGAUCCGCAGUCUCAGCCUUCUUCCACCUUUUUGGCCCUAUAGCUCUGUCUCACAAUAAGCUCUGCUAUUGCUGUGUUGGGCAUUGACAUCUGUAUCAGCUUGCAUCUCUGACUUAGGUGGGGUAGAAAAAGUCCCAUGGCUUGCGAACUGGGCAUUAACUGGAUCAGGCCAGAGCAUGAAGGAGCAUUGCCUGCACUGGUUACCAUUGAGUUUCUGAGAUCAAUUGGAGUUUAUUAGCAGUAAAGCUUUAAAAUUCCAUGGUCUAAGAUACGUUGAGAAACCCUUUCAACCAUACAGUCUUCCCCAAGCUCUGAGACUGGUAGAUGACACUCUGUCUGUGUUCUUUAGGGCAGUAUUUUCCAGUAGUGCUUGGGGGAGGUGAUAUUCUCAGUGGUUGGCAAACUCUUCUGUGAAACCAUCUCACUCGGGAGACUUGCCAGCCCCCAUCAUUCCUCUUUUAAGGCAAGGUAAAUACUUUAUUGUCUGUGGGGGAAAAAGCCUUCUUUGUUUAAUUUAGUUUUUAAUUGGCAUCUCUUAACUUGUUUUGGCUUCUAAGACUGCAUAUAUUUUAUUCCAGCUUUUACUUACAUAUUUGCUUUCAGCAUGACUUUAUUUCUUAAAAAGUAGAGCCGUGCAUUUUUCUUCUACUGUUUUGUGAUUUAAAUUUGCUUAAUAGUCACUCUGAGCUUGCUAUGGAAAGGCACUUAAUCACAAAUGUGUGCAAUAGUAAUCAUUUAUUAUUACGGUCAAAGACCAGUUCAGAAGCACAACUGAGACACAAGUGUGUGUGUGUGUGUGUGUGUGUGUGUGUGUGUGUUUGUUUAAACUAGUAGUUGCAGCUUUUCUAUGUGAUGCAACUAGGCCAGGAAACUACCGUAUUUUGUGCCCCAUAGGACGCACCGGCCCAUAGGACGCACCUAGUUUUUUGGGGGGGAAAUAAAGAAAAAAAAAUUAUUUCCCCCCCAGGUGCGGGGCUGGAAGAACCAGGUCGGGGAACAGCGGGAAGGCGCACUCCGCCUCCCCGCUGUCCCCCGAGCUUGUGGGGCUGGCGAUGGGGAGAAGUGCGCUGAGCCCGGGACUGGAGGCAGCUCUGCGCGGCCAUCGGAGCCGGUCUCCCGAGGGUUGCGCAGAGCUUCCUGAAGCCUGGAGAGCGGGAGGGGUCGGUGCACCGACCCCUCUCGCUCUCCAGGCUUCAGCGAAAGCCUGCAUUCGCCCCAUAGGAUGCACACACAUUUCCCUUCAUUUUUGGAGGGGAAAAAGUGCGUCCUAUAGGGCAAAAAAUACAGUAAUUCUGAUCUCUGAGGAAGUGUCAUAUCAGUCAUUAUGAUGGGCUCACAGGUCUGUUCUGCAAAUCAGGGUUAUGAAAUCAUUAUUUUGCUUUCAAUAUAAAGAGUUAAACACCUAGAGACUUCUAUCUUAGGCAUUAUACAACUUGGCUUAUUAUAUGUAAUAAGCCAAGGCUGUUCCAGGCUAUCAACCCUUGCUUCCACCCUUGUUCAAGGCGCCCUAGUUCUCUCCUGGGCUAACACUUUUCGAGGAAACCUUGAGGCUACUAUUUGUUUAUUUGUUUUCCACAUUUAAUAUCCUACCUUUCCUCAAAGGUACCUGAGAUGAUGUACAUGGUUCCCGUGCUUCAGUUUAUCCGUAGGUUGUUACCCUGUGGGGUAGGUUAGACAGAGAAUUAGUGACUAGCUGAAAUCAUGGCUGAGUGAGGAUUUUAAUUUUGGUCUCCCUGGCCAUCAGCCAGUACAGUGGUACCUCGGGUUACAUACGCUUCAGGUUACAUACACUUCAGGUUACAGACUCCGCUAACCCAGAAAUAGUGCUUCAGGUUAAGAACUUUGCUUCAGGAUAAGAACAGAAAUCGUGCUCCGGCGGUGCGGCAGCAGCAGGAGGCCCCAUUAGCUAAAGUGGUGCUUCAGGUUAAGAACAGUUUCAGAUUAAGAACGGACCUCUGGAACGAAUUAAGUACUUAACCCGAGGUACCACUGUACUCUAACCACUUCAUCCCCACAGAGUGGAUACUUCAGGGUUGCCUUUGUUUCACUGUCUUGUCUUGUGUUUUUUUCUUCCUCCUAGGUCCUGCUCAGCCCCCACGGCUCCUGGUCAAGAGCCUCUCCUUGGAGCCUAGUCCAGAACAUCGCUCACCAGAAGCCCCCCAGCGGCUCAUCUCUGAUCCAGGACCUGACAGCAACGAAGGAGAAGUGGCCAAACUCCGGCCACUCAAACGACCCCCAGGACCAAAACCACAAGGUAUAUAGGCGAGUCUUCACCCCCCAGUGAGCCCAUCACAACGAGGCUCUUUGUGGAGAUUCCCGGGAAGAAAGUCUGCAAGCAGAGCAAACUGGCUUUGGCAGAGCACCUGGCUUUCCCAUUCCCUGCAUCAGGCUCUGCGGAGGAAGUGGGGUGAGACGCAGUUGUUAGAAGAGGGAGGUUCUGAUUUAUUUGUUCAUUACUAACAGCCUUGUGCCUGGCGUUGCUUGGGAAUUCGAAGAACAAGAACAAUGAAAACAGUGCAGUUUCCAAAUUGGUGGUGCAGUUUUGAAAGGUUUGGUCCGCCAUCUUGAUUCAAAAUGGUGUCCAAUUGACAAAAACCCACUCCUUGAACUCAAGAACCACAAUGCAAAAUUGGGUUACAGCAUGUGCAAAGCAAGCAGACAAGCAAACAAUUUUUCAAAAUAUAUAGUAGGGUAUAUUUAGACUUGUUUUUCAGUCAAGUUUGGCUCCAAGAGCAGCUGGCAAUAAAAUCCAGUGCAGGACAUGUUCAUAUUUGUGUAUGGCAGAUUCCUCUACCAGAGGUAGGGCAGGAUCCAGGCUCUUUUCUCCAGAGAAAGGGUGGCAGAAGGAGAUGGGCUUGGGUGUAGGGUGCUGUUGGGUUUGUUUGUUACCUGAUGGUAAUGAUGCCAGUCCACAGAAGUAGCCCUUCUGUCAGUUGUCUUUGCUGGGGGUUUGUGUAUAGUAUCCAUAUAUUAUGUGUGCCUUUAAAAAAUAACUUGAAUUGCUUUUCCAGUCCCUCCUAAACCAGCCCAUCUGCAGAGUAUCCAGCCACUGCGUCUCCCUGAAUCCAUCCCCCCACCUCCAUCGCGACCACUCCCUGCUGAUCCCCGCUUAAGCCGCAGCCCCCUGCCUAAGGAUGGAUUGGGACCAUUAUCUGCCGUCUCCUGCCUCAUUGAGAAGUUUGAGAGGUGGGUGCUUUGGUAGCUUGCAAGGCCCUGCUUCCCUGGGAAUGUAGCUGGUGCUCCCUUCUGAUGUUAUGCUUCCUGCCAUAGCCAUUGUGAGGGAGUGCCACCAGUUUGGCGGUACAGCCAAACUGGAAGAGUGCGCUGGAACACUUUGCUUCCAGAUGAACGGCAGGGAGCUAUGGCAUCCUGUCCUACAUGUUAAUUUCCUAAGGCCUCUGGCUAGCCUUUUAGUCAGAAGACAGAAUGCCAAGCCAGACGGAUAGUUGGACUGAUGGAGUGUGCCAGUUCUUAACUCUAUUUUUAGUCAAGGGCUGCUACUUCUCUUACUUCCAACGCACUAGAUUCUACUUCCCUUUCCAAGGUGAGACUAGAACAAGCAGCAGGUCUUGCUCUAGUGACCUCCACUUUCUUCCCAGAGAGCCUUACUGUCCGUGUUUUGAUUUGUUGUUGUUGCAGGGAACCUGUAAUCCUGGCUGUUGAGCAGGCCCCGUCGCCGUGCCCCAGUCCAGAUCUCCAGACCCCCGAGACAGGUCCCAUGGAGCCCUCGCUAGACUGCCCGACUUCACUGGAAUCGGCAGAGCUGGCUCACAAACUCCUGGACCUCCUGGCUCUGGAGGGAGGGCCAGAGCCUGCGGGUGGUGCUGCCUGCUUGCCGUCUCACGAUGGUGGGAAGCUGGCCAACCGGGACAGUGGCAUUGACAGCAUCAGCUCCCCAUCUAACAGCGAGGAGAUCUGCUUUGGGGCUGACGAGGGCACAGGAGAGGGAGCAGGGCCACCCGUGCCUGCUGCUGUCAUCAAGCGCCGCUCAACCCGGGAUUCCGAAGUGGACAGUGACAUGGACGACGGCAGCGGGGAUGAGGCUGAGCUGCUACCGGAGCUCCCUCCCCCACAAGCAGAAAGACAGGACUCAGAGGAGGUGAGAGACUUGGACUGGCAUGCCCGGGUGUUAGUGUGAUCACCCGCACAGCUGAUGGCUCCUGCCAAGCCUUUUCCUGAAUACAGUACGAUGCUCUUUACUGAGGUCAGAAGCAAAACUGGGCGGAAAAUAACUGGACUGGGGUGGGUUGGGGUUACACAGCGAUUAGAGAGGUGGAAGCGUGAGCAGCCUUGUCCACUGUUGUAUUGUGAUUCAGGAAGAGUUAGUGAAUAUGAUCUGGGUCGUAUCCUUGUCUGGUAAGGCCAGCUCAGGUGCUGAGGGUAGGAUUGUUUCUGAUGGACUGAAAUUCACUUAACAGGGACUACUUACUCCUCAGAAUAUUUUCACUGCCUGGUCAGAUUCACUCACAGGGUGGUAAAACCAGUGGCGUAGCGUGGGUUGUCAGCACCCGGGGCAAGGCAAGUAAUUUGCACCCCCUAACCCAUGGAUUUGCGCCCCCUAACCCCCAGAUGUUGCGCCCGGUGCCGCCGGCCCCCCUGCACCCCCCACGCUACGCCACUGGGUAAAACACUGCUAGCUCAUUUGCAAAGCUAAGCAGAGUCCAGUAUGGUUUCAGAUGUCAGAUGGGAUGGGAGACUGUGUGUUGAGAUUCCUGCAUUGCAGGGGGUUGGACUAGAUGGCCCUCAGGGAUCCCUUCCAACUCUACGAUUCUGUGAGAAGCGGGGAUUCUUAUCCACCUUGAGCAGCUGUGAGAAAGCGAACCAAGGAAUUAGUGCAGUGUGUAUUUCACAGUCAUUUCUAGGCCAGCAGCUGAGGAGUGGGGGCCAUAGAAGAUACGAAAGUGUUUUGGAGAGGAGGGGGAAAGUGGGCUAAUCUCAUGCCCAGUUUCACGGGUGCAUGAAGUACAGGGCAGAUGGGUGAACUUGGAUUUUGUUAAGUUCCCCACAGAGAUUUUAAUUUCUCCCCUUGACAGAUGACAGUUCCACAAAAGGUUUUCCGAAUUGCCAACGAGCUUCUCCAAACAGAAAAGGCCUAUGUGUCUCGCCUGUAUCUGCUGGACCAGGUACCUAAAAUACAACGGAAUAUAUCAAAACAGCUAUUGAGUGUCCACAGUUUCCCCUCCUGAAGCCUUUGCAGGCGAAAUAUAGCAUCUGUGCUGCAAGCCAUGCCCGACUGCAGCAGCGGGAAAACCUGCUGGAAAGCCCUGUUCUUUGGAUUGUGGAUCUGCUCUUCCAAGCUGCAGAUACUAGAAAAGGGAUUUUGGUGUAGAAUCAGCAUGGGUUUUCCCUUCCCUUCCCUUUGGAUUUAUAUACCACCUUUUUGCCAAGGAACCGAAGGUGGUUUACAGUUUUACAUUUCUCCCACCCACUCACCAACAGAUAAAAUACAAACACAAGCGGACCCUUUGUCCUUUUCACAGGGCAGAUGAUGCUAAUUGGCCCUACAGGGGGAGGGGACACCUUGACUGGUGCAGGCUCUGGUGAUGUCUUCCUGCUUCCCUUACUCUCAGUCUUCUUACAGGGCAGAAUGGUAUCUGUUGGCCAAAGGGUUGCUGGCCUUCAAUUCCCAUCAUUCCAGUUGACUGGCCAUGGUGACUGGGCCUGAUGGGACUCUCUCCUAUGUUGCUGAACUGCAUUCCCACCUCCUAGGUCUUCUGCGCACGUCUGCUGGAGGAAGCACGCAGCCGAAACUCUUUUCCGGUGGACGUGGUGAUGGGUAUUUUUGCCAACAUCUGCUCAAUCUACUGCUUCCACCAACAGUUCCUGCUCCCAGAAUUGGAGAAACGUAUGGAGGAAUGGUGAGGACAUUUCAUUGGCUUAACAUUUUGGUGUGACUGCCUACAAAGGUUUGUUUAUGUGACUCUCUGCGAUCUUCUGGACCAGUGUUUCUCAAGUGGGGGCCCCCCAGGAUAUUCCAAGGGGGCCGCAUGUGAAAAUCGUGUAAAUGGGGGGGGGGGGCAAGGCAUGAGACUAGAGGGCCAUAAAGGGAAAUGAAAAGUGAAGAAAACAGAGGUGACCGAGAAAAGAAAACAGAAAAGAAAACAGAGAAGCAGAGGGAACAGAGAAGUGGCCCAUGCUUCCCAGUGAAGGAAUCUCCAUGCACACUCCACAGCAACGUUGCUUCUGAUUUCUUCUCCCUUCCACUUCCGCGCACCAAGCUGUCCAGUAGGAUGGGGGGCCACAGGAAGGAAACAAGGUCAGAAGGGAGCCAUAGUCGGAAAAAGGUUGAGAAGCGUUGCUUUAGACAGAAGUCCUUCCAAGCCCUAUCUGGAGAUGCCAGGAUUGAGCCUGGGAAUUUCUGCAUAGUGCUUGUUUUCCUUCCUGCUUCACUGCCCUUCUCUCAAUCUUUGCCUGGCUGGUUGGGGCCGAUGGGAGUGGGAGUCAAACAACAUCUGGAGGGUUGCCCACCCAUGUCCUGUUCUAAAUACUUCACCCUUUGCAGGGACCUAUAGAACUGUAAAGAUGCAAGCCCGCGGCAUAACUUAAUAGAGAAAGUUUAGUGUCCAUGACUCCCUUAUGUCCCUGAUUUGCACCCGUUUGAGAAUGUUAAGAGCUAUGAAUCUCCUCAUGUUGGGAUUCCUCAGCUCUGCUUGGGUGUUUGUUCUUGACUCCCAGUCCCUGUAUAAUAAUAAUAAUAAUAAUAAUAAUAAUAAUAAUAAUAAUAAUUUAUUUAUACCCCGCCCAUCUGGCUAAGUUUCCCCAGCCACUCUGGGUGGCUUCCAAUCAAGUGUUAAAAACAAUACAGCAUUAAAUAUUAAAAACUUCCCUAAACAGGGCUGCCUUCAGAUAAUAAUAAUAAUAAUAAUAAUAAUAAUAAUUUAUACCCCGCCCAUCUGGCUGGGUUUCUGGCUGCAGUUGGUCCUGCAGAUAGAAUCUGGAUGCUUUCCCACCCUGUGAAUGGGGCGGCUCAGUUUCUGUCUCUGACCUUUCUCCUCUUCCUAACACUUUUUGCUUCUGUUCCCAGGGAUCAGCACCCGCGCAUCGGGGAUAUCCUGCAGAAACUGGCCCCUUUCCUCAAGAUGUAUGGCGAAUAUGUAAAGAACUUUGACCGUGCCAUGGAGCUUGUCAACACCUGGAUGGAGCGCUCAGCGCAGUUCAAGAGCAUCAUCCAUGAAGUGCAGGUCAGCUUAGUUCAGGGGGAUCUCAAGCUUAGCAUUGCAGCAAGCGCUUCAGGUUAACAGCAGGGGGAACAACGCAGCCUCAUCAUUGGAGCUACCCAGGUGGCGCAAUUAAGUUAUCAUUCCAGUUGUAUUAUUCCCUAUACAGCAAUUUUUCUUAAGAGUUCAAAAGCACUUUAAAACGUUAUUAAUCGAGCAUGUUUUAAGUACCGACACAGGAAAGAAAAAUAAAUCGCUUGCAAAAGGGUAGGGAGUUGCCCUUCUCUCCUCCUAGCCCUGCUGUUCAACAUGGAUGUGGAAUGAGGGGCUUUGGGGUCUAAUUAAGAUCUAAACAAAAUUGAAGUGUUUGGAAGGAAUUGUUGGGGAAGAAGCUCGUGUCUCAGCAGCUGCUCGUGCCUCUGUACGAAGACUUGCCCCGUACUCUGGAAACUCUUACUCUGGUUCCCUGAGUCUCAGUUCCCUAUGGGAGCAGGCGGGCUGCCAUUGGAGGAGAGCCAGGCAGACAGCUCUCUAGAGAUCACUCUCUUCUGCAGAGGGAAGAGAUAUGUGGGAACCUGACCCUGCAGCACCACAUGCUGGAACCUGUCCAGAGAAUCCCUCGCUACGAGCUGCUGCUGAAGGACUAUCUCCUCAAAUUGCCUCAGGACUCGCCCGAUUGCAAAGAUGCUCAGAGUGAGUAGAGCUGCCGGGAAUAAUUGCAGGGUGUGUGUGUUUGUUUGUUUGUUUGUAUACCACCUUUUGUCCAAAGAUCUCAUGGCAAGAAAAAUAGCAUAAAAACAGCAUAAAAAUACAAGAAAAAGGGUGGUGGUGGGGAGAGCCACAGCACACAGUGCCUGUAAAACCAUAUUCUUGUUUGCUAGCAGAGAUUUACUAACCCCAGUAUUUCCCAGAGUAUCAAAAAACCCUAGUCAGUGGGAUAUUUUCUCUGGAAAUUUGAGUAAGACAGUGUUGAGGAACUGGUGGCUCAAAGACCAGAGCUGGUCCACAAAGAGUUUUGGACCAGCCAGCCCACCUUGGCGGCGGCCUAAAUUUCCCUCUUUGGGAACUGAUGUUUCGAAAGGUAACUGAAAGGUGGCGGAAAGCAGUGCAAACAUUGGAGGAGAAUCGGAGCACCUGUCUGACGCUGUCUGCUCUCUUCCAAGCCUUGCAGUGCCCUUCCCACCUUUCCUCUCCAGCUGUCACUCAAAAUGGCAGCUCUCCUCAAAGACUUCCCUCGCCCGCUGAGAGCCGCCUCUGCCUCAAAGCACUGGAGAACCUUGACAUGCCAGUUUCUGAAGGAGCAGCCCCCUUUUCACUGCUGCUCUGCUGAGCCGGAUGAGGGGGAGAGCUCUUCCCCUCCCUUUGCUGCCCACCUGCUUGGGAAACGGCUGAGCAGCUGUGAAGAGUGAUGUGUGUGUGUGUUGCAGAGUUUUGGCCCCCCUCAAUUUGAAAAAUGUUCCCCACCCCUGGAAUAAGAGGUAGGUGACCAAGCCACAGCCUGCCCAACUCAGUCCAUCUAUGGUUGCCUGCUGGUUAGACCAGGCAGUACACCUCAGCGAGCUGGACCUCACUUUGUGUUCUCCAGUUGCAAAUUCCUGACCUAAAUGGUGAACCUGUAGCCUCAUCACAGUGGUCAGUAUAUUCUGGUAACCCGCCUGCGUGGAUUUAUUUUGACACAUGUUUAAGCAUUAUUUCUGCUUUCAGUUCAGUUGGAGGCACUGUGUUGAGUAAGGCCAGCCUAGCCAUUUAGACUCUCCUUUUCUUUUUUUCCUCUCCACCUCAUGGCCAGAAUCCCUAGAACUUAUUGCAACAGCAGCAGAGCACUCCAAUGCAGCCAUCCGCAAAAUGGUAAGUGUUGGAGGUAAUGAAAGCCAGGAUGCCUGGGUCCUCUUUUCUCUGAAGCAGGAAGUCGCCACAAAUUGGUUAGAGUAGGUGCGCGGGAGAAACUUUAUUCAGCCUGGGGGAGGGAUCCAUAUCCCCUUCAACCCCUGUGGGCCAUUUGGACAGAAGUGGGUUAAACAGAGAGAGUGGAUAGCUGACUUGCCCUAUGAUCACUCGGUGAAUUUCAUUACCAACUGGGGAUUUGAACCUGAGUUUACCUGCUUCAAGUCCAACACUUUUACAAGUAGAGCUGGGUGCCAUAUAUGAGUUAUUUGCCAGUGAUCUGUACCCCUUUCCAGGAGAGGAUGCACUCGUUGCUGAAGGUGUACGAGCUGCUUGGAGGUGAGGAAGACAUAGUGAAUCCCACCAAUGAGCUCAUCAAGGAAGGGCACAUCCUGAAGCUUUCUGCCAAGAACGGUACCACACAAGACCGGUACCUGAUCCUGGUGAGAAGAGCUUUUGGGGUUUUGCUCUUUUCCACCUGACCCAUCUCAGGAGAGGGCACAGCAAGAAGCCCUCUGACCAUAUGCUGUCACCAUUAACUCAUUUUCUUUCUCCAGUUCAACGACUGGUUGCUGUACUGCGUGCCCAAGCUGCGUCUCAUAGGCCAGAAAUUUGGAGUCCGUGCUCGCAUAGACGUGGAGGGGAUGGAGGUGAGAGGGGAAGGUAGUAAGGGGAGAAGGUAAAGGGACCCCUGACCAUUAGGUCCAGUCAUCUUGCUUUAUUGGCCAAGGGAGCUGGCGUACAGCUUCCGGGUCAUGUGGCCAGCAUGACUAAGCCGCUUCUGGUGAACCAGAGCAGCGCACGGAAACGCCGUUUACCUUCCUACCGGAGCGGUACCUAUUUAUCUACUUUCACUUUGAUGUGCUUUCAAACUGCUAGGUUGGCAGGAGCUGGGACCAAGCAACAGGAGCUCACCCCGUCACAGGGAUUCGAACCGCCGACCUUCUGAUCGGCAAGUCCUAGACUCUGUGGUUUAACCCACAGCGCCACUCGCAUCCCAAAGGGGAGAAGAGAACCACACAAAUCUCAGUCUCUGGAUGGCCAGCAAGCUCUUGGAGUUUUAUCAGCUGCUCCAUGUUGAAACAAGGGACAUGGAACAGGAUGGGUAGAGGGAAGGACAGGACUUGCCCUCCAGGCCGGGGUAAUUUAUCUUCCUGACUCAGGAAGGGGGAAUUAAAGCAACAUGAUGUGUUUGGUUACAGCGAACAAAAGUCAAGACUGUCAUCUGGACCACACAGUCUUGUGUGCUUAUGUCUUGAUCUGAAUAGGUGAACUGACUGAAGUGGUGAUGGGAGUUCUUAAUUUUUUUAUUAAUCAUUCUUUCUUAUUUUUCUCCCCGUUAUGUUCUCAACCAAACAUCCUUGCUGCUUUUAGAAUCAAUUAGAAUCAACUUUCAAAUAGCAAGAAUAUGCAAAACAACCUAAAACCGCUAGGGUGGGCAAGAAGCUAGGUAAAUCUGCAAUAAAGAGCAAUACAAUCAUUUGCUUAAUUAAAAAAGAAAAAAACCAGAAAUAACAGACGCGUAUUCUUAAACACUGAGGAAAAUCCGAGUGGUCUUUUAUAUUUCUAAUUAGCUGAGUCAACGGUAUUUAAGAAUGGAAACCAUUUUUCCAAGAAAUUGUGUCUGAAUCUAGAGAUAGCUGGGGGAAGUUCUCACAGCAGGGUUCGAUGUGUGAUGAUAUGAUUAGUUGUUUGCACAGGGAAGUUGCCCUUGAUGCUGUAGCUGAUUGAAGGUUAAGUGUGUGUCUUUGAACAACCUUCUGUCCUCCUCCUUCCUUACCCUGCAGCUGAAAGAGACCAGCAGCCUCAAUGUGCCCAGGACCUUCCUUGUAUCAGGGAAGCAGCGAUCCCUAGAACUUCAGGCCAGGUACAGCCAGCAAAGCCAGUCACUUAGCUUCUCCUUUCUCAAAGCUGUAAAAAUUGUCCCUCAUCUGGCGACGCGGCUUUGCCCAUCCCAGUAACUCUCCUCUGCCCAUCCCAGUAACUCUCCUCUGCUGCUUCUUAUCUUCCUGUGAGAGCCCUGAAUCCAUUCACCUCCUUCCUCCUUUGCCCACCAUCCCAGAUCAAGUGAAUCGGUGUAUUCUCCCCUAAGUCUGCUGAAAAAUAACUCCUUAACAUGCCUUCCAACGUUUGUCAUUUUUCCUUAGGACUGAAGAGGAGAAGCGAGACUGGAUCCAGGUAACUGCUGGCCUUUCUCACAUACCUUUUAUCACUGUGAAAGAUGGGUGUAGAUCAGGGAAGGGGAAUCUGGGGCAUUCCAGAGGUUGUUGUACUACAGCUCCCAUCAGCAGUUGGCCAUGCUGCCUGGGACUGGUGGGAGGUGGAAGCCAACAACAUUUUGAGCUUCCUUGCCUCUGAAAUAGAGGACUUGGCUCCUUAUCUCAUGUGGUUACAUUCCCCAUUCUGCAAAAUCCUUCUGAUGCUGGUUUGGGGGAUGCUUGUAUGGAUGGCUUUCAUAGAUCCAACAGAAAAGUUAGGGGUCACAGGGCUGACCAGGCUUCUUCAGUUAAGAAUAAUGUGGUGCAGAAUGACUCUGUGCCGAGUCAGCCUUCUUGAUAAUGCUGUGUGGGCCAGCAGACCCACUUGCCUAUGGGAUCACAUGGUGUGCAUUUGAGGGUGCAGCAGACCACGGCCCUGGACAGCGCGCUCACACAUUGCGAUGCAUCCAGUGGCAUGACAGAUUUGUGCUUUUGCACCACUGCCUGAGCCCCUGCUUGACAGGGGAAAUAGGAGGCCCACAGUAAAUAGCUCUGUGAGAGAUUUGGGUAGCUGUUUCCUCCCUGAGCUGCCCACCAGUAUGCGCCAGACUGAAACUGGGAUUGGAGAGAAGUGUGGGCGCCUGCUGGCCCUUGCCUUAAUAAUAAUAAUAAUAAUAAUAAUAAUAAUAAUAAUAAUAAUAAUAUUUUUUUAUUUAUAUCCCGCCCUCCCCAGCCGAAGCCGGGCUCAGGGUGGCUAACAACAAUAAAAUAAGACAACAUUUUAAAAUCUUGUCCUUUUCCUCGUUGAAGCAGGCUGGGGUUCUGCUUUACUUCCCAGUUCCCUGUUUAUCUGCGGCCACUAACACUGUCUUGUUAAAACCAUCAGGCGAUACAGGCAACAAUUCAGAAACACGAGCAGACUCUGGAGACAUGCAAGCAGCUGGUCAGUGAGGAUGAAACGCCACCCAAUUCGCCUGUAAGUUCCACCUUGGUGUGUGCCUCUCUGCAAGAGUUUGGUGAGACCAUGUGCUUUAAUAUGUGAUUGAAUGUGGAUCAGUUGAGAGAUAAUGGAGGGGAGGGGGAACUACCACAAAGAUAACCCAAUUCCUGCGACAAAAAAACUCAGAAUUCUGUACUGUGUAUAAUUUCUGUUCACUAGCAUGCUUUCUCUAAUUUUGCAUGACUUGACUCUGCUUCGUGGGGCAAACCUAUUAACUUUCUUCCUGUCCCCCCCACAGGGGUGUGAGCUGGGGCGACGGGCCCCCACGCCCAUCCGGGAAAAAGAGGUAACCCUGUGCAUGCAGUGCAAGGAGCCCUUCAAUGCUCUCACCAAGCGGAGGCACCAUUGCCGGGCCUGUGGCCAUGUGAGUGGUUUUCAGCAGGGGGGUCGUCUCUUUCCCACUCCCAAGUGCCACCCCUGUUUCUUUCUACUUUUACUGAGAGCAGCCCCCUUGGAGGGGAGGGGGAGGUAUGCAACCCAUAAUAGUCUGGUCUAAAUGCCGGUGUCUCCCCUGCACCCGUUUUUCCAGAGUGUAGAAUUUGUUUCUGUUUUUUAAAAAGCUGCCUCCCUGUAGGGUAUUUUCCCUAUUCUGACUCAUCUCCUGUUUUAGCCACGAGGUCUCUGUGCAUUUGGAGAGAGGUCUGAGGCAGAGAAACCCGAAGGGCCACAUGAGGCAGUUCCUCAUGCCACUGGGCAUGGCCAGAGUUGGUGGUGGACAUGUACACCCACUCUUUUAUGGGGAAGAAUUAAUGUGGUACGAUGGCACGUGGGGAUGACUCUUCUCUGUAUGCCAACUCCCUCCCCCAAGAGCCCUGAAAACUCUGUCUUGGCUAGUUUACACAUUUAGGAAACUCAGAUGGUUACGUUCUUUUGCAGGCAUAAGUUUGCUUGUUGUGGGUGUUAUUUUUUAACUGCUUCCCAACUGGGGCAUGGGGAAUCUCAUACUUAAGAAAAAAUGUUUCCAGGAUGAAGGUUAAGAGGCUAGGCUCUUUUCCCUGAAUGGCUUUUAUCCUGCAGGGAUUUGUUUUAAAUUCAGAAAAGCCACUCUCCACGGCCAGCCCAAGAAGCUCCUGUCCAGGAAAAGCUUUCUAGCCCUCCAUUCCUCUGGGUGCAUAAACUGGCUCUGCAGCCAAGUGACAGCUCCUCUCCUCUCGCCCACUCGCUGCAGGUUGUCUGUGGGAAAUGUUCAGAGUUCCGGGCCCGCCUGGUGUAUGACAACAACCGGCCCAACCGUGUCUGCACUGACUGCUACGCCACGCUACAGGGCUCCCCCGCCAGCCCUGCCCCACAUCCCAACACACCUCAGCGCCGGAGGUCCAUUCUGGAGGUGAGAUUGGCUCUCUGGGCCGUGGGAAGCCCUGUUGGCCACAGAGCAUUAGCUGACUUCCUUCCAUUGGACACUAGCCUUGCUUUAGCCUGCCCCUUGCAGCUUCUUGUGCAGAGUCUUGGCAGUUUUAUCUGUGCUUCCUCUAACAUUUCUCCACCUCCUUGGAAUUGCAAGGGCUUGGACCAGAUGACCCUCAGGCUCUCUUCCAACACUGCAGUUCUAUGAAUUCCAGGGUUAUAGAAGUGUGAAAAAGCCACAUCAUGUAAUAUUGGUUGUAGAGUUCACCUUCCUGAUCAUCUUAACUUCCAGCACAGCGAUCAGAUUCUUCGGCAAUCAUGCUGUUUUAAAGUGUCUACUCCUCUUGGUUGAGUAUAUGGAGCUGUCUUACAACUGAAUCAGAUCCCUCUUCCUGUUGUGUCAGGAGAUCUCUCCAAGAUCUUGAGCUGAGCUUUCUUCCAGCCCUGCAGUCUGAACUGCUUUAGCUCAGGAGAUGUGAGGGACUGACCUGGGACCUCCUCCAUACAAAAAAAGCAUGUGCUAAAGUUGCCGAUAAUGCAACUUUUGAAAAAUCUACUGUAGCACCUUUUUCACUCCGACCCACUCAAGUUAAUGGACUUGACUAACUUAUGUUCAUUAAUUUCUUUUAAAAAGAGUUUGCUGAAGAUAUGGAAACUCUAGGAGAGGCUUUCCUUGCAGCUCCCUGUCCUUCCCUGUGUCCUGCUCAUUAUCCUACAUGUCUAAUUACUUAGUUUUAUCAUCAUCAUCAUCAUCAUUUGAAUUUGAAUUUAUAUACUGCCCUAUACCCGGGGGUCAUAGCUGUCAACGUUUCCCUUUUUUAAGGGAAAUUCCCUUAUUCCAAAUCGGAUUCCUUGCAAGAAAAGGGAAAAGUUGACAGCUAUGCCGGGGGUCUCAGGGUGGUUCACAGAAUAAAAUCAAGCUAUAAAACCACAAAAUACAUAAUAAAAAUAAAAACAACAACCCAAUAGUUAUACUGGUCACUUGCUCUGGAGCAGCAGUCUUCCACCUUUACUGCACGUUCAACGCAAACACACACUUUUUACGGUGGUGGCAGAGCUGCUGUUGAGACCCACCUUCGAUCCCAGGACCGGCUACUUAUCCACCAGUUGAAGUCUUGUGCAGAUUCUCAGAUUCACAAGGCUUUCAUGGCAUAUGGUUGAAGCUCAGUGCUUUACGGCCCUGAGAGGCUCUCAGAGUGGCUUGCAAAAUAAAACUGCACUCCAACCUAGUGCAGGAGCAGAAAUUGCAGGCUGUCCAUACUGAGGAGCCAGGAUUAUUCAUGCAGCAUUUUCCGCCCUCCUCCUCCUCUUUGUUUCUCUCUGGUGUGUCACACAAGGCAGCAGGCUCCCCCCAAAACACUCUGGGGGCAAGGGAGUGAGGCUGAGUUCCUGCAUCUCACCCAGCCCACGCUGGUCACAGCCUUCCCUUACAGUCCCUCGCCACCUUCACCCUCCUUUGCCCUUAAUCUUACACAUAUGGGAUUGUUUUAAAUACUCUUUUCCUCCUCCUCCUCCUCUACUACUACAGAAUGGAGUUUGUAGCAAUGAGUCAACUGUGGUUCACCUACUGGUGCAAAUUUCUAAGCUGGUUUCAUAUUUGCAGAGCUACUCAGAGUGUGCCUUUUGCCUGCAUCAGACUUUAAAAAAUAAUAAUCUGUAUUUUAAAAAUAAUUUCCACUGACGUCCCGUUACUCAGUGAUCAACACACAAGAGCAGCUGGGAGAUGCUGUAAAGCCACUUAGAGGUGGUUGUUUUUUACAAGUUAAGUGAAUGAAUGGUAGUGCAAUUCCUGCCUCGGGGCUGGGGGCUGGACUGGAUGUUCUCAGAGAUCCCAUUUCCAGCUCUUGGAAUUGCAAAGUGAUGCUCUCUGCUGAUGGGCUGCCAGUUGUUGGGGGGUUAGGACUGUGUGGGUCUCACAAGGACACUUUUCUGGCCCCUCUGCAGAAACAGGCUUCCGUGGUGGCAGAGAACAGUGUGAUCUGCAGCUUCUUGCACUACAUGGAAAAAGGAGGGAAGGCCUGGCACAAAGGCUGGUUUGUCAUCCCCGAAAACGAGCCCCUGGUGCUGUACAUCUAUGGAGCCCCACAGGUAUGGCAACGGCACUUGGUUCUCCUGCAUGCUGCUUCUUGCCCAAGAUAUUAUUCUGGAGGGAAAGGAGAGGGCGAAGCCCCAAAUCACCUUUGAAUCAGGGGUGGAGAACCUGCGUGGCAGAUCAAGGUAAUCAGGUGACAGCAAAAACUGCAAAAUAAUAAUAAUAAAAUUAGCAGGGGCAAUUAGUGUUAAAUAGUGAGAAAGAUGGACAAAGGACACAGCUCUGUUAGAUUCACAGCUCUUUAUUACAGCAGUUAGAACUGCUCCUGGAGUCUUGACACACUGCAGCCUAGCUGACUGCUUUAUAUAAUACUAAGUAACUUGUAACAGUAACAACUUCCAACUAGCUAACCAAUCAGUGAGCGACAGUUCUCAAUCCUUCAUUUGCAUACUGGUGGCCCUGAGUGAGAACUGCAGUUAAUCUUAAUACAUAACAAUUAGAACAAGAACUAUUAUUAGAUUAUUGAUGUAAACCUCCAGAAUGUAUUUUGUGUACUUAGGUUUUUACCUCUAUCUUCAGUUCAUUUUAUUUUGUUGCCAUGGCUAGUGGCUGAUGCAAAUAAAGAUUCUUCCGAUUCUGCAUGGCCCUCCAGAGGUUGCAGGACUCCAGCUCCCAUCAGCCCCAGCCAGCAUGGCCCAGCGGUCAGCAAAGAUGGGAGCCGCAGAACAUCCCUUGCCUGACUUCAAAGCACACUUCGGCCUGGUGUUGGGAAGGCAGAAUGCUGCGCUAGGCAGGCAGUUGACAGCCUGGCCACGUUUGUGGGCUUCUGACCUCUCUCCCUGCCUGUCCUGCAGGAUGUCAAGGCCCAGCGCUCGAUGCCUCUGAUUGGUUUCGAAGUGAGCCUGCCUGAACCCGGCGAGCGGGUGGACCGACGCCACGCCUUCCGGAUCAGCCAGAGCCACCUGUGCUGGUAUUUCAGCCCCGAGACUGAAGAGCUGCGGCAGCGGUGGAUGGAGGUGCUGAGCAGGGCAGGCCGCGGAGAAGAAGGCAGAGGGCCGCCCUCAAUCCAAGAGGCAGAUGAGGAUACGGAGGCGGAGAGAACCUAGAGGCAGAGGGCUGGGCAGCUGGGAAUUGCGGAUUCUGCCCACUUGGGGAACUUGCUCACCAUUCUCUGACCAGUAUACUUGAACGUUCCUUUCUCCCUCUCUCUCUGGCACUUUCUCCCCUUCCUUUUAGUCCGCAUCAACGCAGCCACCCUGCCCCUGCCGCAUUCCCAGCCGCAGAGGCGAUGCACGUCACACGUCCUGACAUUUGCUCCAGGCCAGUUCCUGCUCCUAGCUGCAGCACGUAGUAAUCGGAGCACCUCUACUUUCUUCCUUUCGUCUCAUCCUCUAUGCAGGAAGAAAUGGAUCCGAGCGGAUGGAUGUCUUCCUUCCAACAUGUGCUUCCCCCUUCUUUGCAUCUUGGACCAAGAUCCGUUCUUUCAGUCCCCACUGCUUACUUAGCACUUACCGAACAUAAUGUCCUCUGCAGUGGUUUGGGGGAAUUGGGGCAGGGUAGGGAGAGAGUUGAGACAAUUCUUUCAGUGGAACGCAAAUGGGCGUGGGAAUUUUCCUCUCUUGAGCAUUUAUUUCCCUUGCUUGUUACCCUCCUCCCUGUAUUUGUGUGAGACUAGGUGGCGUUUUGUCUUGUGAUGUUUCCUCACACAAUACUGACCAUUUUUGGACCUGGAAAGGCUGAUUUGAGGCUGCCUUAGCAGAUGGAUUAUGUUGACUUGAAGUCUCUCUCUCUCACCCCACACCCCCUUGAACAAAACAAGCAAGCUGGGACAUGAGAGCUAGUUAGAAGAAUGAGCCAGGGUCCUUGUCCUUGCUAUAGCAUGCAGGGUCCCCUCUUACUGAUAAGGCGCCCCCCCCCCCAGCAAUUGGACCGUGGUGCCUGCCACCUGCCACCACCCAAUCUUCCUGCCUCUGCCAAGGGGUCCAAAGGCACGGCCCACAAGAGCUCUCUCCUGUGCAAGCCCUGCCAUAGUGGGUGGAGCUGCACAAGGCUAUAGGUGACAUCUUUGUAACAACUGCUCUUCCAGUUUGUGCUUGAAAUUUUACAUAUUGCAAAUAUGCUCCAAGGUGCUUUCAACAACGUGAAAGAAUGCAAUAAAAUCACGUAGAAGUCAAGAUAAAUCCAACAGUAAAAAGGGUGUGUGUGUGGCAGAAAUAAGCUGCCAAAAAUUGAUCAUGUAAAAGAUACCUGGAAAAAUGUAAUCUACAGUUGAUUUUUCUAAGUGAGCAGCAAAACCUUAUGCCUAAAAACAGGUUAAAGAUAUAAAAUUUCCUUUUAAGCUAUGGAAGAAAAAUCUUUCCCCGUUUUCUGGGGGAAAACAAAUUUGGGAGAAACUGAAUACAGUAUGUGAUAUAUAUCCCCCCCCCCCCCCUAGAAUCAUAGAAUUAUAAAGUUGGAAGGGACCCCAAGGGUCAUCUAGUCCAACCACCUAAAAUGCAGGAAUCUCAAAUAAUGCAUCCAUGACAGGUGGCCAUCCAACCUCUGCUAAAAACCUCCAGUGAAGUCCAACAACUCUUAAAACCAUAAAGUUUUUGCUGAUGCUUAGUCGGAAUCUACUUCCUUGUAACUUGAAGCCAUUAGUUUGGGUCCAACCCUCCAGAGCAGGAGAAAACAAGCUUGCUCCAUCUUCCAUGAGGCAGCCCUUUAGAUAUUUGAAGAUGCCUAUCAGUAUCUCCUCCCAGUCUCCUCUUUUCCAGGCUAAACAUACCUAACUCCCUCAACUGUUCUUCAUAAGGCUUGGUUGUCCCUCUCUGCACACGUUCCAGCUUGUCAAUACCCUUAUUAAAUUGUGGUGCCCAGAACAACACAGGAUUUCAAGUGUAGUCUGACCAAGGCAGAAUAGAGCAGAAUAAGUAAGACCCCUAGAUACUUUUCACAUGUAUUGCUGGCAAGCCGGGUGUCCCCCCCAUCUUAGUGCCGUUCAGCUGGUUAUUCCUGCCUAAGGGAAUAGAACCUUAAAUGUGUUGCUAUUGAAAAUCAUUUUGUUAGCUUGGGCCCAGUUCUCCAAUCUGUUAUGGUCACCUUGAAUCCAGAUUUUGGCUUCAGCAUCAGUUGGGUGUCAUCUGCACAUUUGACGAGCAUACCCUCAAUCCCUUCAUCCAAAUCAUUUAUAAAGAUGUUGAGCAACAACAGAACCCUGCAGCACCUUACUUGCCAUUUUUUUCCAGGGUGAGGAGGAACUAUUAGCGAGCACACUUUGGGUUCGGUCAGUCAACCAGCUAAAAACCCAGCAACCAGUUACCUCAUCCAGCCCACAUCUUACAAGCUUCUCCGCAAGAAUAUAUUUGCCAAGCCUAAAAUUAUUUUACUUUUUCAACAACAUGAUGUGCCUAAUUUACAACUUCUCUAGCAUAUAAGAUUGUACUAUGUGGCAUCUUAAUGGAACUUAAGAGCAAUCCUGUGGAUUUUUUAAACCCACGCCGAUGAGUAGAGCCUACUCCCAGGUAAUUGGAGCUUCAAAAAUAUAAAUGCCAUGCAGUGUGGAAUCCUAUGCCUACUGAGAACUAAGCACCACUGAGUUUGGUUUGGAUAGGUUUGCAACCUUGGUUUUGUACAAUAGCCAUUCUCCUGUUCUUUGCACCUGCCGUUCUGAGUGAUACAUGGAAGUGCCAUUUACCUACCCUAGCGAAGAUAAAGCCAGUGAUAAAACUUAAAAAAUAAGAUGAGGCCACAGCCACCUUUGAGCAGGCAAGCCCCAUGCCAUAUAAAAUAGGGUGCUUGUGCAGAUGCUCCUAGCGGAUUUUGCUGAGAAAGGGGGCCAUUACAAUGGGGAGAAAAACUUCUCUCGCACAGCCUUUUCUCAAAUGCAGUUGCUUCCCCUCUGCAAUGCACUUAAACAUGAGUUGGUGUUCCUCCAUUCUGUUCCAAUCCUUUACUGGACUGUCACAGGAGCUUCCUACGAUCCCUCCAACAUUUCUCUCCCCCUCCCCUUGCUUCUACUAUUUCAACUUAUAUGUGAGCAGGCUGGGGGCGGGUGUCCUAAAAAACAACACCCAACUUGGUUGCCCUGUUUUAUGAGAGGCUCCUGGUGGGGGCCGUUGGUGCCUGUCCCAAUUCUUUGUCAUCCUCUUCCCACCCCCAUCCCCAUCGUGGUGUAGAGCUAGUGCAUGUAACUUUUAUAUUAAAAAAGUCAGUAUUAAGGGAUAUACAAAAUCUUACCAAAAUAAUAUUUUAUUGUUGCUCAUGUACAGUGGCUGGCCACUACAGAGGAUAGGGAAGGGGGCUUCUAUUGAGAGAAGUGCCCUGUCCCACAACCAAGGAUUUGUGUAUUGUCCAUGUUACUUUCUAGUUUCAUUAUUGUAUUUGGUUUUCCAUUGUCGUCUUUUUUUUUUAAAUACAGAAUUUUGUUUUUCUGUU